UUCAGUAAUCUAUACUCCAGCUAUCAUGUAGCAUCAAUCAUUCAGUCUAGUUAUACAACAUCAUUUCACAACAAGUGUAAUCCCAAGAUGUGACAAACAGGACCGGACUCUGUUCUCAAAGACCAAGUCUAAAGAUGGGAUCAGACUGAGCCCCACCAUCCUGUAAGACCCACUCCCACGCCAUCUUCAUAUAAGUAAAGCACUUGACAGCAUUUGUCAAGUUAAAGUGGGGAGGAAGAACUUCCUUUAACAGGCAGAAACCUUGUAAAGAACCAGACUCAUGUUAGACAGUCAUCUGCUGAGACUGAGCUGGGUCUAAAGAGGGACGAGAGAGUGAGAUGGACAGAGGAGAGACUAAUAGAGGGAGAUGACAAAAGUGAGACAAAUGAGCAUGUCUUUUUUAGUUGUAAAUGCAUGGGUGCUUUUGAGGAAGACUUUAAUCUCUGGCAGUAAUCCAAAUUUGCCAAUUUACCUGUUAUUCUGAAAGAGAACCUGAUGUUUAGUUUCUGCCUUAAAGAUAGUGUAUUUGAACAUGUGCUAAUUAUUAUUCGUAGGCUCGUCAUAUAUAAAAUCGGAUUUGGGGACUUAAAGCAAACAUAAACGUUUCCUUCAAGGAGCAAAAAAACUUUAUCAUCACUCAAGUAUUAAGAGAAAUGUAAACUGCUAAAGUUGUCGAAGCUGAAGAGAAGAGAGACAAGACAGGAGUUGAAGACUGCAGCCUGUUAAAAAAACACUGGUCUCGAUCUCCUUUUUCCUCCGUUUUCUGCAUUGUUUCUUCUUUUUCUGUUUUCGUUUUUUAUUCUUCUCUUACUUCCCUGUUCACGCCCCCCUUUUCGCGCAUUACACGAACCAUUAACCAUGAGGAAAGAGGCAUAUUAAGAUCGCUCGUGGUGCUGUGUUCAGUGUGUUAGUGUUCUGUGUCGUUUUAAAUAAAAAGGAAGUAGUGCAUAGUUUUACUUCCGCAUUCAUCGUGAAGGCGGAGGAUCUGCUCAGUGAACUCGUCCAUAGACGUCGGUAAGGAGGCGGCUUACAAUUGGACGGCAAGUGAGAAGGAAGUGGAACCCUGACUGCUGACGGCUCCGUGGUCAUAACACUUUAAUAAUGGAGAUGCACUGAUCAGUCAUUGAUACUACGGCAGCCUUCUACACUCCACGGCCGUGUCUUCCUCAGUUAAGUGGUAAGGUAGUGUCCGCCGCAGAAGCGACUGACAUUAUGAACAUGUCUUUUAGCUGACCCGGCUUCGUUCAACAUAAAGUUUGGUUGGCCCACCCUGAUCGUACGAUCUGCAUCCAUCACUUCUCACACGCGGAACAGGCAAUUUUGUGGUGAAUUUACCGUUUACAUUUAACUAUAGAUCCUCCUUUAUGAAUGGUAUUUUUAAAGCAGGCAAGCAGACAUGUACACAACGCUGUCGGCUCCACACUUUGCAACAUAACAGUUAAAUAGUACACAAAGGUUACAGUAAGGUGUUUAUUCAACCAUCCAAGGGUUCAUUCUUUCUUUGGCACUCUUAAUCCUUAUGUAACACAAGUUAUUUUGCCAUCAUAAUCAGUUCCACACUUGUGUUUUGCACAAAAAUUGCCAUUCCAGUUUAUUUGAAAUUGAUGCAUAUUUACACUGUUGCAUGGAUAGACUGUACUAGGUUCUCUAAUGAAGGCUUAAUGUUAUACUGUUUUAACAGUCCAAUAAUUUGCACAAUGAUUCGUGAUUGCCAGAUUGUGAAUUAAAGAUUGAUAAUCCAUCCUCACUGUAGAUCAGAUGAGACUUUUUCUUUCUUUCUUUCUUUCUUUCUUUCUUUCUUUUCAAUGAAAGGGAGAUUGGAUAAGUGACUUAGUUGGCUAAUUGAAGAAGUCUUUGGAAAAUUGAUGAUGUUUAUGAUGAGUUUACCCUGUCAGUUGACCUGCAGCUUGCCUGUCAGAGAUGGAUGGUGAUGAAAAAGUGGUAGUAGAAGCUGCAUCAUUCUGCUGCUCCACCUGUGAGGGAGGGGAGGUUACUGGUUACAGUCUGGUUCGACAGAACAAAAAAAGCCACAGCCUGAGCACCUCCUCGACAAGCAACUCUCCUGAAUACAGGUAAGUUUUGAACAGGUGCUCACAGGGACACAACCUGUUAAGGCACUAGUGGUAAUAGUCUAUACCCAUGGCUUUUACUUUUGAGAUGUAUUUCCCUUCAGUUAACUCAUCCUCAAGCAAAUGUGCAGUCAUUUAAUGUAUCUAAUUUGAUAAUGUGGUUGAUCAUGUUAAUUUAGCUUUUCACAGUUUCAUUAAAAGUUUUUUGUUAAAAAAUUGAAAGGAUUGACCCUUAUGCUCCAGAAUGUUGUUUUAUGGUAUUUUGAUGUUCUGAUACUAUAUCAUAGCUGGUACAGCAUGCAAAUGUGAGAGUUUUGAACUGUUUCUGCACUGCCAUAUGGACAGAAAACUAUUACAAAAACACCUUGGGUGAGGACAGGAUUAUUUUUAAAAAUGGAGAGAGAAAAAUCAGUUUUUAAAAACAGUACUUUAUAUAUGGACAUAUAUGCAGGACUAGGUGUUCCUAGACACACCUCACUUAUUUUUGAUAUAGCUUGGUGACAUAAGUUGUGAUGUACCAACCAGGACAUUUGUUAAAUAAGAGGACACCUGUAAAAUCCCCUUUACCACAUUAGGAUAUUUGAAAUCUUGGUUGACAGUGAAUGCUGUGUUGCAAUGUGCAAGCAACAGUGAUGAUUUUUCAUAGAAGGAGAUGUAAAAAGGCGUACAUGUCUAGAUACCUUAAAGUAAUUAUCAGAGUUCAAACUUAGAAACAAGGAAAAAUAUACUUAGAAAUUGUGAAUUUUCGACUUUGUAAUCAUAAGGUUGUGACCAGUUAAAAACAAGUGUGCUUUAAGUGGAUUUUGUGUGAUCUGAAAGUGAACAGUAACCUUAACCAUAAAUUGAACACAAAAAGUAUUGUGUCUUGUGAGCCUCCCGGAAUUUAUUUAUUUAUUUUUCCAAUUUUUAUUAUUAAUCUAUUAAUAUACUGUAGGUGCAAGGAUAUCCCAGAAAUGUUUGUCGAGUUCAGUAGGUGACGCAUGGUGCUUUGUAGUUUGGAAUAAGCUAUAAUGCGUUAUGGAACUAUGUCAUGUUGAAUAGAUAAUCAAGACCAUCUGCUUGGUCUUAUGUGAGUUGUGGUGAAUCAAUGUUUUUAGGUAAGUGUCAGGAUCUUCAAAACUCGGUCAUUGUAUUGAUGAAUAGAGAGUUGAGGAAUAUUUUGUUAAUUUCUUAUGGCGUGUGCACAAACUUCAUUGCUGAGUUUGUAGGUGAUGAAAUUAUUUAUUUUUCCUAGUAGCAUUCAAUUUGGUUGGCAAGAUAAUUCCCAGAUUUAUUACUAGAUUUGAUGUUUUCAUGUCUCAGUUUGUGUAUGAGAAACUGAGUUUUCUUUAUGUGUUUAAUUAGUAUUCAGAAUAUGUAUUUCUGUAAAUCUUUCUGUGCUCAGACUGUUUGUGAACAAGCAACGUGAUUUUAAAGUUUUAUUUUUUGCCGGUUUACUGGAGUAAAGUAAACUAUGUUCCUUUAUGCUGUGAUGUUACCUUCAGACAGAGUUAGCAGCUUUAAGUCUUGUUGGGGUCCACAUGGAUCAGGAAAAGGCAAUUGGGUUUUAUUUUGUGUUAAUGAUAAAUCCAUAAUCAGAAAGUAUUUCUCAUCUUCAUUAACUGACAAACAGGGGGGAGUUGGCAUAUGGUGUUUUAUUUUGGAUUUACCGGAUGACAUGAGCCUCUCCUGUGUGUGACAUCGGGUGUAAAACAAUCUUCUCUGUGCAGAUUGAUGUGUGCUGGGUGUGAUGAAGAUAGAUGUAUCUUUAGCAGAGCUGUGCAACAGAGCUGAAAUGCUCUGCAAUGCUUCCUGUGUGUGAUGUUGCAUUGAUUAGAAUGGGAACGGAUUUGCUGCGUAGUAAGAAACACUGACGGAACGUGUCCAACAUACAUCUUGUGGGUUUUAGGCUUUUAAGGGAUCUGUUUUUGGCUCAGUCUUACUUUUGGUUCAAUUUUUCUGAAAAUAUAAUUAGUCUUUUAAUUGCUUUGCAGAUAAACAAAGUAAAGGCAUAUCUCUUUACUGAAGAUUUGGAGAGAGCUGUCCAAGCUUUUGUAACAUCUCAUCUUUACGAGUGUAAUUCUUUGUAUGUGGGCUUAGAGCAGUUACAUAUUUACUUGCACCUUAUUCAAAACGCUGCAGCUCCCCUAAUGUCUGGAGAGAUGAAGAGACACCACAUCACAGCUGUGCACUGGUUGGAUCAUUGUAGGGCUGAUUUAAACAUCAAGUUAUUGAUUUUUUUGGGGAGUCUAAAUGGAUUAGUGCUACCCUAUUUAGCUUCACAGUCCAGCUAAAAACACUGAGUUCAACCAAUGAGCUGCUCCAGGAUGUUCUGAGAACUUGUCUGAAAACAGGGAUGAUCAAGCCUUAGUAGUAGCUGCCCCUAGUUGUACUGAGUGAUUUAUUGUUUUCUUGGGGUCCUAUUAGCUCAACUGGAACAGCAAGUGCUCGACAUUGCAGAUUGCUUUGGCUCUGGGUUUAAAACUUGAACAUCUUAAACAUAUGAUUGCACACUUCACUGACUGCUUUCAGUGACCACACCCAAGUAUUUGUCUGUGUCAUCUUCUUUCUCAGGAGAACCCAGUCACUUCAUGGACCAAGCCCUGUGACCACAUUUGGCCCAAAGGCAUGUAUGCUCCAGAAUCCUCAUGCAGUAAUGUAAGUUGAACCUAAGAAAUAUAUUUUGCAUCAGCAUUGUUUAUACCUUAGGUUACACUACGAAUUGGUCUUUAUGACACAGAAAUUAAUGGAAGACACUAAAAUUACUUUAAAUCUUGAAUGGCCCGAAAAGACUGGAGCUGACGGUGGGAUUUCAUAUUACCAUGCAAACUAAACAAGAGCCACCUGUACCAACUUCACCAUGGGUUGGUGUAGUUUGAAAAUAAAUAAAUGUUUGUAAUGUAACGAUGAGAAAAAGGCUAAUUUCUAGAGCUAAAACAGAUAAAAGCUGGUUAUCACAAUAAUUUGUAAAACCAAGCCUAUCAUGGACAAGUUUUACAACGGCUUAUGAUUUAAGUUUGAAAAAACUUUUUACCCCCGACAGCAAAGAGAACACAAAAUCAGAGGAACUCUUGUGCUGGCAGAAGUGUAAAGCAGUGAGGGCCUGAUUCACCAACAGGAUCUGUUGCUUUAUCACCUUCUUAUAUGGUGCAAGAGCCCAAAAGACUCAGUCCAAUUCACAAAGCACACACCAGGGUUAAAUACUUCACAACCUGUGCUGCAGCAUCUCUAUGUGCCAGUGUUGUUUGGAUACAUUCAAAUAGCCAGUCAUAGUCUAGGAUUUGAGGGAUGUAUAAUGGGGUUUAUGAUCAAAUUUCAGGGAGGGGGUCCCCCUUUUAACUGUUUCUAAAGAGUUUAAAGUUUUAAACAGUUUAUUUAAGCAUUUCUGUAUGUCUUAUGUUUGUAGAAACUAAUGAGAAAGACCCCCCCCAAAAAAAAACACAUCUUCAUUUUUGAAUGUCUUGUAAAUGAUGUAUGGACAAUCACCUGUUUUGUUAAAAAGAAAAACCAGCAGACCUAUGAAGCAGUCUGACAGUGGCCCCAUUUACAUGGGUCAAAAAAUCCUAUUUACAAUCAGAUUGAAAGGUCAAUCAGAUUCAAAACGUCUCAUAUAAACACUUUAGCCAAUCUGAUUCACCCGGAUCUGAUUGUAUUUCGGGUCGGAUUGUAAGAGGUAGUCUACACCGAUUGAUAAUCCGCUCUAUGCUCCAUAUAUACGGCUGAGUGGAGCGGACUGGGUUUGCAGAGAGGCUUGUUCGGUCUGCGCAGGCGCUCAGUAGUACGUAACAGGCACAUUGACGUACGCAGAGCGCGCCCAAACGAAAACAAACAUGGCGAACAAACAGAAAAACUGGACGGUGGAGUGUUAAAGUGUGUUGUUUCGUGCGACUGACGAAGCGUACACUUCUUGCUGUGUAACCCGGCUGGAUUAUACUUUUAUUAAACUUCAACACAUAGGGUUCCUUACUCUGCUCAGACUGGUAACUCCGACGGUGUCACACACAAACACGUCCGUGCUGCAACUCUAAAACGGAACUAAAACAAUGGUUCCUAUUAACAAUUCCCAUUGAUACAAUACAAUACAACUGGAUUCAGCUGGGGCCAUGAAAACGCGGACUGAACGUGGAUCUCUUUACUUAAAGUUCAUGUAUACAGAUGGAAUCAGAUUCACUUAAUCCGAUUGAUUUCAAUCAGAUUGAGGAAAACUACCCAUGUAAACGGGGCCAGUGUGACAAAAAAUGUUGAUCACAUUUCAGUUGCUUCUUUUUGCAGACAUAUUUCAUAUGCUUUUAAAACUGUCUUUGAUUUUUAAAUUGCACUUUUACUGAUGUUGUUUUUUCAUCAUUUUUAUCAUCAUUUUAUAUAUAUUUUGUGUGUGUGUGUAUAUAUAUAUAUAUAUAUAUAUAUAUAUCAGGUAUGAAAUUUCUGAGAAUUGAAGAAUUUUUUUUUUUGCUAAAUUGUUCUUUUUUUGUUAAACUGGGUUCCCCGUGGAAUCGGAAUCAGAUACUUUAUUUAUCUGAUUUGGUCAUUACACUUGUUCUUUGGUCAUUAUACUUGUUCUUGAAAAAACAAAUGUUACAAGAAGGAAAAUAGAAAUGAGAUUAGCAUAAGAUAUUUAAAAAGUACAAAGUGCAGAAUAUUGAAACUAGAGCUAGUUACAAAGCACAGAGUUUACGAAAUAAGCAAUGUACAAGCACAGGAAACAGAAAAGUCAUGUAUAUAAUACCAGUUUUUUCACAGUUGAACAGAAUAUUGCUUAUGUAAAGCAGUAAAGCUUAUGCAUUACCAGUAUUGCACUUAGAUUUUUGAAGUUUUGACUGAUUUACACACAGAAUGCACCGUUGAAUGUAAUUAUAUAUAAUAGAGAAUUUUGCAGUGACUACAUGAGAAUAAGUCUAGUGACAGUCACAGUUUGUGACACUCAGAGGGAGGAGUUAUCAAGUCUGAUGUCCACAGGCAAGAAUGACUUCCUGUGACGCUCUGCUGGGGGAAUGAAGCUGGCACUGAAUGUGUUCCUGUGUUUAACCAGCAUGUUAUGGAGCUGGUGGUGGAUGCUGUCCAAGAUUACAUGUAGCUUUUACAACUUCCUCCUUGUCUGAGUUACAUGUGAUCUUGGACAGCAUCCACCACCCACCCAUUCCAAGCAGCCCCAAUGAAUAAUAUUUCUGAGUAGAACAUCUAAAAGAUCUAUUCACAAAAAUUGUGUUAAUAAUCAAUAAUAAAGAAGCUAAUCAGAAUUAAUUUUAUGUUAUUCGUUUCAAUGUGAAUGUGAUUUUCCCCUUUAUGCAUGCACAUUUAUAAAGAAAAAAUCCAAAAAAAGGGCCCAACUGAAUCUUCAUACUAGUGUCAUUUCUUGUAUCAAAGGGUAGAGUGGAACAUUAUGCAGUGAUUUAUGAUUUAUGUAUCAUCUAUUGCCACAUUAUUAAUAUGUCAUGUCACCCUGCCCCACAUUGUAGAACCGAAAAGCUGGAAUUAUCCCUGAAAUUAAAUUGAUAGCUACAAAAACCUGCUUAGGAGUAAUACAUUUGGAGUUAUGUCAUUUAUGUCUUUUUUUUGACAUUGGAGAAGUUAUAUGUUAUAACCAGCACAGACAUAAACAACUCUCAACAAAAUACAAACAUACAAAAGUUGAGUGAGUGUGCUGCCAGAGGCCUGUACUACGAAGCUGGAUUAACAAAUCCAGGAUAACUCUGCGACAACUCGCUCAACUUCACCGGAUCUCCGCGAUCCCGAUCAGCUGUACUACGAAGCAGGAUAUCAACUCGAUAACUGAAUCCAGUUCAGAUCUGUGCGCGCACACGUAAAGGGGGUCGGGUCAGUGCCACCGGACCAAUCUCCACAAUGGAGAAGGCUGCACGUCAUUUUUCACAGCUGAAGAACAGAGCUUUAUUUAAACAGUGAGACAGACACAGCCGCUAAAAGCCGGAGGGACUGCCGGCAAAAAAAAUCACCGGUUGUGUAAAUUACAUUUGUGCGUUCAUAAAUUUAUGGCCCCCUAAUAUAUUGUCAUGCAGCGUGUGUGAUCACCACCAUCACUGACCUCAUUAUUUAAGAUACAACAGCAGUGGGGAAAAGAGUACGUGGGAGCAAAUAAAAAUAAAUCUAAAAACAUCCUUUAAAGUAGUUUGUAAGUUUAUUGGAAGAUUUUAUUUGUACAUAUUUCAACGCGUAAACAGUGAUUUCCUCACACUGCCUUUUUUUUUUCUCCAUCAUCUGAUGGUCACGUCAUCUGCAGACACAUAUGGGGUUAAGAGUUUUCUUAUCUGCUUCAAUGAAUUCUGAAAGAUGACUAACAAAUUUGAACCUGGAGCUUGGCAAAUAUUAGUGUAUUGCUUAGACUUCUUGCUACCUGAAUAUUGAGGCCGUCCGAGGAAAACCUGUAACGUUCAUAGAGAACGUCAUCAGGUAAAUCAAACGGAUUUGAACGAUCAUGAAUAUAACGCUCUCGGCGGAGCGCUCCUCUCACUAUCCGUGCAACGAUGUCCCCGGGAUCCGGCAAAAGUGGGCAAGCCAUUUUCCAAGAGAUCCGAUUGGUCAUCGGGCGGAUUUUUAUACCUGCUGAGAUCUUAUCCUGAAACAUAACCUGCUCCGGAGCAGGUUUGGCGUUCCGCGUAAGUUACCGGGGCAACGGACCUGGAUAAAAAGAGAUCCACCUUCGUAGUACAGAAAACCCAGAAGUUAUCCAGAAUUUAUCUCGCUAAGACCAAAUCCAGCUUCGUAGUACAGGCCUCAGGCCUUCACCUUGAUGGCUUUCUUCAGAUUCAGAUGAAAAAAUAUUUUGUUGUGUUUUUCUCUUUAGUCAUGCUGUACUUAUGCUGCAAUGUUGUUAAGCAGGCCUAAGUACACACUAUUACAUCAUCACCUCACAGCCUCUUUUUCCCAUUGCAUAAGUAAACAAAUACCAAGAACACUGGUCCUACUUGUCAUUGUAGGAAGCAUGUGCUAUUAGUUGGUUUCGAGCAUAACUGGUUUCUGUGAUCCAGCAGACAUUGUUUACCUAAUCUGUGAGUUUUGCGCUGAUACUGGCUUCCUGACCCAAAACUAAAUAGCACCAAAGAAGAUGGAGAAUGUUUGUCAGUCUGUGUCAGUCUUUUCACUUUGAUAGUCAUUUAUGUAAACUGUAAUCUACAGUAUGGUAUGUAAGCAUGGUUACAUAGAUUUCCUGUAUCCAUGGGAGGGAGGGAGUGAGUCUGUCCUGUGGCUUGCAGCUGUACCUGAUCCCUCCAUAUUGAUGGCAAGUGUUUCAUACAUUUGUGGGCAUGACUUCAAACAAAGUGUGCCCAUCUGUCUGUUUGCCAAUACUAAAAAUGCGUAAAGUUGUAUCACAACCUGUGAAUGAAUUCUAAUUAAUUUAUUCUUUCUUGGAAUCAAAAGAAUGGUGGUUAUGAACCACAGAAACCACCAGCACAAGACAAAACAAUAUGAGAAAGGAGAAAUAUGCAAUUACUUAGUCGUCUAGGUCUUCUGGCUUUCAGUACAAGCAAAUCUUUGAGAAAGAGCAUCCAAUACUUGCACGUGGGAAUCCAGAUUUUAUGAUUCACUUUUGGUCAAUUUCCUUGAUACAGUAAUAUAGUAGAUGAAGUGCCAGCUCAUUCUUGUAGCUUACACGACUUGCCUCUGCUCCAAAGUGCAUCAAGAAAUUGAAACAUAAUAUAAGUCCUAUGAAAUCCUAGUUGGAAAAGUAUGUUAACUUCGCCAGACAACAAUACGCAAAUGAGCUCAAAACUCAUUAAAAUUUGCCCAAAAUACUCCUUUUCCCCUGAACUAUUAUCACAGUGAAAGCACAUUGAAAGAGGGUGAUGGCAAUGCUGCUUUUGGACUGGCCUCUAACCUGAAAACUGCCUGGCUUGGUUGUACCUACCAGGGGUAUAACCCCGGCUGGUGUAGUCUUCAGGGUCACUGAGGCACACAAGCCUCCCCACCACGACAAGGUAGCAACAAUAGGGGAGGGUGUGGUUUUUUUGUGUUUUUUUUAUUUUUUAUUUUUUAUUUUUUUUACUUUUUUAUUUUUUUAUUUUUUGUAUGUUUAUUUUUGCCUGGAUCCUCGCCACCUUUUCUACAUGUCAGUUCCUGGCUUGUUCUUUGCUUUGUUCUGGGACUGAUUUAAACCAAGAAAGGUGGUUUUGGUGUAUAUCCCUACGUUUGCCGUUCAGGAAUAGUGUAGGCCUGAAUCUCUCCAAUUCUCAAUUAUACAGAUCAUACUUUUGACUUCUAUACGUUCAUUACCUAAUAAUCAAAAUCAUUUUCAUCAACUUCUUCCAUGUCUUCUUCAUCUGAACUUUUCACACUGUCUGAGGUGGAUGCUUGGUUCUCACAGUCUGCCAGUCUACACAUGUCAGUACACUUGAGGCCAUUUGCAAUACAGACACAUUUUGGGAGUGAACAUUUCUUUGGACAGUUACAGGCCAGUAGAUCUGCUUAGGACCCUCCAUCAUAAAGCAAAGUGAUUCAGCUCCUUGACAUGAAAACACUCUGCUGUUCUCUGAAUUGUGUUGUACAGGAAUACUCCACCACCACUGACUGGCCUAUUUAUACUGUGUGCCUUAAUUAACUCAAUGCACAGCAUGUGUGUGUUGUGCACACCCUGCUCCAUCCAUUUAGACUGACUCAGGCCAGGUGUGAGUGUGACAACUUAAAUCGCAGCAAGAAUAAAGUAGAAAUAUAUAGCCUAUGCAUUACUUACCAUGUUUUAUGUAUUAACAUGUUUAGGUUGUGUACAAAUUAAACCUUUGUGUUACAUCUUUCAUGAAAACGGAAGACAUAUAUUGUCACUAUGUUGUCACUGCUUAUAAGAGAAAAAAACAGAGAUGCUGAUUCCAACAACUCUACUGAACAAUAUAUAGCCUGGGCUUUAUUCUGACAUUUUUUCACAGAGAUAGGGUCAGUUAAUAAGAAAGAACCAUCAGUUUGAAGUAGAAUGAUUAAUUCGGAUUUUGAAAACUGUGUUUGGCAUGUGGUCAUAAAUUGAGUGAUAACACACAGAAAGCUACCACAGAUGCAAUGCUAUCACAUUUUUUCUAGUACUAGAGGUGUAUACCUACCCAAAAAUCACUAUGAGAAUUAUUCCUCCCAGUUGAUACCGAUGACCCCAUAUUUGGAGUCCUAGCUCAAGGCCUAAUAGAUAACCUUGCAAAUUGGGUACUCAGACUACCCAACGCCAUGAAAAUAACCCAAAUAAAUUGACCAACAGGCUCAACCUAGUAAUUGGGUUGUAAAAAAACAACUUUGCAUUUUUUUGUGUGUACCCAUCUUUACUGGCAUCAGCAAAAUGAUGCAAUUGGCUGUACACAGGGUUUCCGAAGUCCUUUGGCUUUACACAUUUGUCAACCUUGACUGAAGACAGCAACUUAAUUUCUUGCAACCACAUUUCCCAUUUUAUUUAAGAUUUCAGGUGGUAUAGCAUCGUCCCACCCACAGCUUCUCCUGCAGAGCUCUUGUUGCCACAUCUUGGCAAAAAGAGUAACAGGUGACAAAAAUCCUAUAGGAUCAUACACUGAAUUGGUUGUGAAUAACAUUCCAUGUCUGGUUUGAGAUUGCUGUUUUACUUCCAUCUUAAAUUUGAAGGAGUCUGAUUAAACACACCAGAGCAGACCUAAAGCUCUCUCAACAGGAAGAUUAUCUCUAUCCAGAUCCAGUUCUUUUACGUCUUUUGCCCUUUGAUUUUCUGCAAUUGUCUGCAACACUCCAUGACUGUUGCUCACCCAUUUCUCCUUAAUGAAACUGCCACGUUUGUAGAGAGCACCAAGUUCCUUUAUUUUUUGCAUGGCUGCCUCUUCUGAGCCAAAGCUUAUUAAGCAGUCAUCCAUGUAAAAGUGUUGCUUAACAGCUUGAAUAGUUGCUGCAGAUGGGCUAGACCUGGGGCCUGUUCUACGAAGCAGGAUUACUGCUUAGCGAGGUAACUUUGAGGGUAAGUACGGGGUUUCCUGUUCUACGACGCGGGUUCACUUCUUAGCGAGGGGAGUCUCCAUGGCAACAUACGCUGAACGGCUAACCUGCUCCAGGACAAGUUAGGUUCCAGAUUGAACUCACAGAGUAUAAAAACCCCGCCCACUGACCAAUGAGCUCUCUCGAAAAAUGGCUUGUCUGUUCUUGGAGGAUCCUGUAGACCUCGGUGCUCGUAUUGUCCGAGGAGCACUCCGGCGCGCGAGAGUUUACAGGGACUGCACGGACCCACUUACUUUUUCGGAUGACUACCUUUAUGAAAGGCUCAUAUGGCUGACAUAUCACACAAAAAAUGUAAACACGAUAGGAAUGAACAAAUGAAUGAAUUCAUCUUGGAAAUAAAUGGGCAUGGGCUGCAGGGGCUGCGUGAUCACAGACAACAUCUCGGUACUAUUUAGUAGCAGCGCACGUCCCUUGUAAUAACCCCCGUAAAAACUGUUGUUCAGGACUGCUUACUUGUGCUUCCUACCUACUGUAAUAACCGUUGUUUUAGCCCACAUGCAACAUUUUUGUUCUCAUUCAUGAAACGCUUAAAUCAGGGACAUUUUCGGGGACAGCUUUAGCAGGGGACAGAUCAUCCAAUUCGGGGACUGUCCCCGGAAAUCGGCGACGUCUGGUCACCUUAGUUAAAAGCGCAUGUUGAACAGUGCUAUUUCAGGGUGAUAAUGGCAUCAAAGAUUACUUUUCUGCCGUUUAGUGAGACCGCUGGCUACUGCGCUAAGUUGAGCGAGGUACCUCCAAGGCUACCUCGGUUGAACCUGCUUCGUAGAACAAGCCCCUGGUGUCAUCAGCAGUUUUCCUGAGCGUAUAGGAGAUGGUGCACUAGGAGAUGAAACCACUCCAAACAAGUGCACCAUCAUCCUGUAGACUGCAAGGUCUUUGCUGAGGUCUCCCUCUGGCCACCAGAGAAAGUGCAGAAAGUCUCUGUCUUGUUCUGCAACCUUUACCUGAUGAAACAUAGCCUGUAUGUCUCCCAUACAUCUCUACAUGCCACGGGCUCAUGCCUGAAACGAGUGAAAACUCCAAGCAGGGAGCUGGUAAGUUUCAGGCCCUGCAACAAUUCACUGUUUAAUGAUGUUCCUUGAUAUGUGGCUCCACAAUCAAACACCACUAGAAGCAAACCAUUUCUGGGAUUAUAGACGCCAUGGUGGGGUAUGUACCACACACUUCCCUGUCGACCCAGUAAACACUCCUGUGACACUUUUUCUGCAUAGCCCAUUGCAAUGACAUCAUUGAGACAGGUUGCAUACUCCUUAUAAAAUUGUGGAUUAUGAACAAACCUUUUCCUCAGCCCCAGCAUCCGCUGUUUAGCCACUGCAAAGCUAUUUGGUAGUUUGACAUCAGUUCUCUUGAAGGGAAACUUAGGGCAGUACCUUCUCUUGACAAAUAAGGCCACCUUUUCAUCUCUGCAGCUGUGACAAUGUCUGUGUUCUUUUUCCUGUCAUGCUUAAUUGUUGCAUCAGGUUUUCUGAACAAAAAGAAGCGGUUCUACCUGGAUCCAAAAGUGCAUACAUCUGUAAGGUCUCAUUUCUCUUUGUGGACUUCACCUGCACUGGGAUAAUGGAGAGAAUGCAAAACGGUCUUUCCCUGGCCCCUGUUUGUCCACAUGUUUGAGUAGAUGUUGAUGGUUCAACUCCAGGUGACUAAGCUGUUUGCUCUGACUCAGCAUUGAGCUUUGGAAUGUGCAUUGCAGUAGGAUUUUGUUGGUUGCAAAUCUCACAGACCAAGCUUUUUGCACAGUCCAGUAUGUCCAGCACAGUCCCUUAUGUGUCCAGUGCCCAAACAUCCAAAUCAUAUUCCUUUUUCCUUAAGGAAACAGAUCUUUUCUCUGUGUUUCUUGCACCAGAAAAGAUGACAUUUCUCCAUAAAUGUGUGGCUAACUGUGCUUUUUGAACCCAGGAUCUCAUGACGAUAGUAAGCGGGUUCAAAAAGCAUGAUCAGCCACCCUAAUUUCGAUGGGAAAGAGGUUUGAAACAUACUACACCCUUUUAUAAAUUAAAAUCUAAAGUUUGCCCAUGCCAAUUGAUGUGAGGGAUUUAUGCAUCCCUCUUUAUCAUAUUGAAGACUCAAAAAUGGCUUGUUGACGUUGAAUCAUAGCAUUGACUUCUCUCCGCCUCUAUAGUGGAUAGCUGUCUAUCAUCUUCUUCACUGUAUGUGCUCUCAACGGAAUGAGCAACACAGCCUCCCAGCGGAUGGGAGAGGUGGUGUUUUCCUUGCAUGUGAAUAUCUUUGACUCCUGUGUGUGAAUAUCUUGUAACUGUGUGGUGUUUGUCUCAAAACUAAUUCACAUGCCUGUUAAUCCACAAAUGCAAUUAGAACAAUUUACUAGCAGAACUGAAGAUUUACAAAUGAUAAGUCAUGAUAAAUGCACACAAAAUUAAAAAACACAUGAAAAUCAUGGAUAUUCUUGUGGAUUUAAAAAAUGUGGAAAUCAUGGAUAUAUUUGUGAACAGUGAUGCCAGUAAUGCAUUACUCAGUAACAUGCUACUCUAAUAAGUCCACUUUUUCAGUAAGGAGUAAUCUAACACUUAACUAUUUUCCAAACCAGUAAUUACAUUUAAGUUACAUGUCCAUGUCACUGUGUGCAUUACUGCUCAUUUUCCUUAGAAAAAGACAUUUGUUUUCAUCUGGGGGGACUGACAUGAGUCUCGUAGGCGAGAAAUCACGUUUACAGCACAAGGACCACUCAUGUCUAAUACAUAUGCACACAUAUACAUACUAUAUAAAGCAGCCACAGCAAAACAAACAUAAACAACAAUGAAGAGAGAGGUGCACAUUCUCAAGCUGGAAAUACAGCCACUAUUUUAAAGACUGUCUUUAUAUUUUAUUUUAAAAAAAAUUAUGUUUUGUCAGUCAAGAAAGACUAUCUUUAUAUUUCUUUUAAAAAUUUGCAUUUUUUUGACAUUCCUGUUAAAAUUACACUUGGAAAGAAAAUUGUUGUCAUUUUAAUGUUGAGGCUGCUGAAUGUAACUAUUAUCUAACAGUUACUUUUAAAAUCAAGUAAUCAGUAAAGUAAAGUAACUUAGUUACUCUUUGAAGGAGUAAUCAGUAAUCAAAUAACUUUUUAAAAGUAACUGUGGCUAGAUUUUGAGACAAAUCUCUCCCUAUAUAAUCAGAGAUGACGUUUUAUUACAACCUUCUAUCUUGGUUAUUGGCUGUGUCUCAAAGCACUGUGUGUAGCUUUUUUAGUAAUGAGUUCAGCACACUUUCAGCUGUGAAGUCAAGGAUUACUUAUUCUUUUAAGCUUAUAUUGAUUUAAGUUCGGAAAAUUUAAUUUAUGUUGCCAGGUUGUUGUAUAACUUUUUAUCUUAAUUAUAUCCAUAUUCAAUAUAAUAUACUUAGAGGUGACAAAAUAUCAAUCCGACAUGAUGUGAAAUAAAUAAGAUAAUCAUUUUUUUCAAUCAGUUAGGCCCUCCACUCUAUGACUGUGUAGUUUAAUUUUCAUAUUUAUUGACCUGACGGGGACUUGCACAGAUAGACUUGUGCCCAUCUCUGGUUGGGGUAUCCAGGAGUUGCGUGCAUUGGGCCUUCUCGGUAGACAGUGAUAUGCACCUUAACGUUGUGUUGCGAUCCAUCAAUAAACAUAGAGAACAUAAAACUUUCACUUGACUUGAAGUAAUAUUUGACCAGGAGGAUCUGUACUCUGACUCUAGUAUUGAAUUAAGUACUUUGUCCGCCACUGCUGUUCAGCGGUGUUACCUGACUCCCAAAGAAGCCUUUAUUAGACAAAAAACUAGAAGUAACACUAAAACUAAGAAAAACUGUUUUAGGACAACUUCUCUAAUUGAUCCAAGUGUAGAAAUACCCUUAAUUAAGGAUCUUUCACUAACCGCUCUCGUAGUCUUGGGAAGGCACAUGUUCAUUUGAUUGAAAAGUGCUUUAUUUAAAAAAAGGAAUUUAAAAAUUAUGUGUAAAAAAUAUACCUUAUGUGCGCCCAAUGGUUAUUCAUUGAUAUGACCUGUGAUUUUUGCGUUUGUUAAAUGACAUCCAUGCUUCUGAGAUUGUGUUCUGAACUAGGCCCAAAGCUUCCUGCUGUGUCCGAUUUCUCCACUGUCGUGAAUAGUGCUCUAUUCAGCUGCAGCUGUGGGUGUGACUUCAAACAGAGUUCACUCUGGAGUAGAGUGGAAGUGUGAGGGCGGGAGUGGGACCAGUUUGAGAAAAGCCAAGCAUGUCAGACAGCUUCUUCAGGUUGAACAAGAGGGGAGGGACGGAGAAAUUUAGAGAAGUCACUCAGAAAAACUUACAUGAAGAAAACCUGCCUGCAAGCAGGCUUUGUUCACAAUACAAGUCACAACAGGGCCUGACAAGUAAAUGCAAUGUUUGUCAAGAACUAAAAACUGCGUGUUUGUUUCAUGUAAGGUUCAGCAGACCCAGAACACAUACUAAGCCUUCUUUCCAAAGCACUCGUCUCUUGUUUGGUUAAAACAUACUGAUGAACACUUAUCAGGAGGAAAGCAUUUCUUGACAGACAGAUGAUUAGGGCAAGGCAAAAGGAGAGGAGGAGAGAGUUGUGUCAAUGAUACCAGACACUGAAAUCCAGUCAAGAAAUUCUGGUUCUCUUUACUCUUGUGCCGAGUUGAGUAUUAUUUAGUCUUUUUUUUUUGUACCUCUGUUGAAAUUUCACCAUUAACGAGACUUUAAAAUGUAUCUUUCAUUGGUGCAAAUUUACGUGGGCUUAUUAAGUAAAUUACUGUCCAUACUAAAUUUUGAUGUUUGUACAAAUAUUUUUAAUGGGUGUAGUGUAUGAAUAGCCAUAAAUGUCAUUUGCAACCAUAGGCUGGGGCACAUAUACAUAGACAACCAUGCCAUAGUUGUUGUCCAAUACACCUCUCUAAAAAGGGAGGUCCUUCCCUUAAAUGGGCGAGUUGAGUUUAGCAAAGUGGGUGGAGACUGAGAUAAAGUCAGCCUUUAAGCUGUGUGAGAGCUGUAAUACAACUGUAAAAUACACUAGGAAGGUUUAGUCUUAAGUCCUCAGUGGGACAAAUAUAGCCACAGGGAAUCCACCUGGAGGAGUUGUGAGCUUAUCUUGUAGCCCAGCCACAGCACAUAGAGAGACUCUUACCCCUUCCUUGCCUUUCAGACAGCCCGGAAUGGACUUGUAUUAGACUGUGUGAGGUGAACAAGCUCAGUUGCUUCAGCUGUUUUAACAAUGGGUGGCAUUCAAGGAAGUUGUUAGAGGAAGUUGUUCUGUCUGCGCAGGCCUUGGCUGAGUCCAUUUGAAGCAGCAUCUUUGUUACAUGUGGACAGCAAUGAAGUUUAAUCAGUGCCUCUUACAGGACACUCCUGGAAAUAAGACGGAAACAAAAUGUGGAAACGGUGAGAGGAGCCUCUGGUAUCUUGUCUCUUUCUCAACAGAGAGAACAUGUUUGGUUGCUGACAUUUAAAUGGCAGUAACAGGCAGUGCAUUGUCAGCAACCCACUGAAGAUGAACUUCACUGCAGUAAGUUUUUGGUACAGUUAAACUUAUUACUUUACAGAGCCAUGCUGAAGCCGUCCAGACGGUUUCAUCAGCAAGGCCCUGUAAUUAGGACAGAACACAAAUCUGAUCAUGAGAUGAAGAUGAGAAUGGAGGUGGUUUUAGGUGGUCUGGACAAACCAUCGGUUUGAUUGCAGAUCACCUCUACUAAUGCUGUUGAAGGGUUUGCUAUUUAUCCUUUACUUGUAUUUGUGCCCAGCCUAUACAGCUGUAGUUUUCAAUAGUACGACUAGUACAUGUCAUAUAUGAUAAAUUUCCCUUUAAUCUGGAAAUCUUUUAAUACAUGUUGAUUUUUGUCUCUAACUGUGGAACCUUUUAUACAUUAGCCAGUGUGUAACAGUGCUGUCUGUUUCAAGAAUUAGCUGUCUUUGCACACCAUCUAUGACACCUCCAAGACCAAAGUUUCUGGUGUUAUUGUAUUUAUUUAAAUGGUAUUGCCUAAUGCCUUCUCAUUGAACAAAGAAGCAUGAACACAAUAUUUUUGCCAUUUGUUAAGAAUUAUAUGUUAAACAUACAAGUCAGAGUUUAAUACAUUUCAUUUAUUUUCCAAAAGGAACAAAGUUGGCUUCAACUGAGGCCAGCAAAAACUGCUCUGGAUUUUUUUUUUUUUUUUGCUCCCUAAACAUAGGUGUUUGUGUGUUCAGGCACAUUCAGGACCCAGCCAGCCAAAGACUUACAUGGAACAAGCCACCAAAAAGUGUCCUUGUCAUCAAGAAAAUACGAGAUGCCAGUCUACAUGAGCCUUUCAAAGAGCUCUGCAUUUUCCUCACUGAGGUAAGACCAUGUACGGUGGGCUAAAUAAAUUUGUUUGUAACAAGGAAGUGUUUAGGCUUAGGUAUGGAAUGCUUAAUCGGUUAGUCAAUUAAUUUUGACAUGAUCGACAUUGGCCCUCACAAAGCUGAUAACACCAUCUUUCCUAUUCGCCAUUAACAGCAUGUGAAACCCAAAACAGUCAUUGACUAGUGUUUGAAUAUUGUAUUGUAUUAUAUUUAAUAUUGUCAGCAAUCUAUAGCAUAACCCAAUAUUUGCGUCUUUUCAUUGAUUUAUAAAAAAUCUAUCUGGAAAAUAUUGUAUAGAAGUGGAAAAAAAUUUUUGGACACCUCAUGCAUUUGUGAUAUAUUGCUCCAAGAAUCACUCUUAAGUCUACCAGUGCAAUUUCUUUGUGCACAGUCACAGCCACAGCCACAACACUAAACCAAUCAUAACAAGCCAUUAAAAACUUAAAACUAAGUGGUUCCAAAGCAAUACAUCAGAAAUUUUGAGUCAUGAGCCAUUUUGGUACCACUAAUCAACAAUGACCUAAGUCAUAGCUUUUAUUGAAGACACUAUUUUUGUUGCUGUGCUUUGUGUUUGUAUAAACCAGCAUCUUUGAAAGUUCUUCAGAACCUAAUGCAGAGAAUACACUUGCUAGGAAAGGUACAUUUGCUGCUAGAUAGUCAGUAAGAGCUGAUGUAGUCACUCAGCUGUUGGAUACACUCUGCAGAAAUACAAACAGAUCAACAGCUUGGAAGACAAACCGAAAUAUAGGCAUCUAAUGGUUUCAACAGCAAGAAAUUACUACAUCCUGAUCAGCAUGUGCAUCACAUGAGCUUCAACAGCAGUGGUCAAACCGAAUUGGUGUCCAGUGUUCCAUCCGCAUGGUUUGUGGUUGACCCCUAUCAUGGAUUAAGGUCCUGCAAGGCUGUCAAGAAGCCCCUGAUAAAUGAGAGACAGAGCCUGGCACCUGUGGGACCAAGCAUGCAAAAACUGAGAAACCAGGAACCAGAAGAAGAUUCUAAGGUUUGACGAGUCCAGUUUUCAACUUAAUCCUCCUCCUGCUAAUGUUGAGCACAAUAUCCAGGUCCUCGAGUGGCCAGCUCAAUCCCCAGACAUGAACCCUAUAAACUGUUUAUCAAGUCUUCUGAAGUCUGUACAUCAUCCAUUGGCUGACCUGCUCUCUCAUAAUUGGUAUCAGGCAUCAGCCUCUGAAAAACUAUUAUCAGUCAACUAUUAUGGAGGAUUGACACCGCUGUCUGUUGCCAUCUUUUAUUUAGCAUCUUUGUCAGAAUCCAAAGUAAGCUAUGCUUUAUUUCAAUGAACUUGUGUUUGUUUAAAGGUGAAAAACAUGGUUGUUUAUGUGGAACAAAAGGUUCUUGAGGAUCCAGCCAUUUCAGCUGAUGAAAAGUUUGAAGCCAUAACUAAAAGAUUCUGCACUUUCAGAGAAGGUAUGAAACCCGGCCAGUCAUAUUUACUAUGUUAAUAUAGGUAGAUCUGAUGUAUAUUUUUUAACAAAAGAUACAAUUUGCUCCUAUUUUCAGAUCUUGACGACAUCUCAAAUCAAGUUGACUUUAUCAUCUGUCUUGGUGGAGAUGGGACUUUGCUUUAUGCAUCUUCGCUCUUCCAGGUAUUCAGUUGUGUUUCUUUACAUUUUUAACAUAUGUUGGCUUAGCAAACCAAUCUUCUUCAUUUAUUUACUUGCAGGAGAGUGUCCCACCAGUAAUGGCCUUCCACCUGGGCUCCUUGGGCUUUUUGACACCUUUGAAGUUUGAUACCUAUCAGUCUCAAGUCACCCAAAUUAUUGAAGGUACCGAAUUUUCUAACAUCUUUGUUAACAUCUUUGUUAAACUCUAUCUUCUACAAAAAUACUGGUCUGUGUCAGUUUUUGUUUCCAAAAGGAAACUUUAAUGUAUUUGUAUCACAUACAGGUAAUGCUGCCAUUGUCUUGCGAAGUCGCUUGAAAGUCAUGGUACUUAAGGAGAACUGGGAUAAGAAGGCCAGAAUGGAUGAAAAGGAUAUCAUCCUGUCUAAUGGAGAUGUGGAUAGUGGUCAAAAACCUCUGCAGUAUCAGGUAUUAGCAUUACAUAAAACAAGUACCAUUUGUAAAUAGAUCAUGUAAGAUUUGCAAAAAUUUAUACUUUUUUACUCGUAAAGAGUAAAUACCCAGUACCCCUGAACUGAAACAGAUCUUUGUCAUGAGUUUGCGUUGCAAUGUUCAUUCCUGUUAAAGUUAUGAAUAAAAGUGAGACGAAGUGAAACCUCCCCGAGCGUCUGCUUGUGUGUUUGCCUGCAACAUCUGCCACAGACAGAGUGGGCAUGCUCGGAGGGAUUUUCAUUUUCUAUGCAGAAUUCUUCUCAUAUUCAGAAUGGCGAUCGGGAUGUUUGCAUUUUAGGUGAUAAACCUGACGUGAAGAAACUCUUUGCAGGUGCACCGCCUCUUGAGAGUUUAGUAUUACACGGUAUGCUAAUUGCUAUCCGUGGUUCUCAUAUAUAUUGAAAUACAUCCACACCGCAGACAUGUUGGCCCUUUUCUAUACAAGUGUGCGCUGGCUGAGGUUUCUGCUUGCAUCAUCACAACAUCCUGUUUUGGCCGUGUUAUUUCAGUAAUAAAAGUCUUUGAGCUAAAAACUGAAAAUGCACCAAAAAUUUUCAGUGGCCAAAUGUUUGGUGAAUCCCUAAUGUUUAUAAUGUUGUUGAUCUUAUUGCUAAGAAAAAUGACAGAAAAAUCAGCUUCUUUAUAUCCUGAGCAUUGUGCACUGCCUGUCGGACCCUGUGUUUAUCAUUCCUGAAGUAGUUUUUGGCUGUUACUGAAGUUGUGUCCUUCCUUGUCUACAGAUAUACAUUGUUUUGGACAAAAGCCUCUACUUAUUGAAACUGUAACCGUAAAAAUUUGUAAUUACACAUACAAGAAGUGCAUGUAAAUGAUGAUAGCCCAUGACGAUCCCAAUUUAUUAACACAUCAUGGGCUACAUGUUGCAAAAUUAGGGCGGCAGUAGCUCAGGAGGUAAAGCGGUCAUCCAACAACUGGAAGGUUGGUGGUUCGAUUCUGCCCUAUCCCUGGUCUGUCAAUUGUGUCCUUGGGCAAGAUACUUAACCCGCCUUGCUCCCAGUGUGUGUCCUCCACUGGUGUAUGAUUGUGAGUGACGUUUGGUGGUGGUCUGAGAGGCUGUUGGCACAGAUUGGCAGCCACGUUUCUGUCAGUCUGCCCCAGGGUAGCUGUGACUACUAAGGUAGUUUACCACUACCAGGGUGUGACUUUGAAAGCGAAUUAAUGAUGUAUCCAAUGUAAAGCGCUUUGAGGGUCUCUGAUAAAGCUUUAUAUAAAAUCUGAUGCAUUAUCAAGAAUAAGAAGAACUUUAUUAAUCCCUGAAGGGAAAUUCAAUUGUCUGUUGUCUUACAUAAUAUGUCUUUUAAAGUUAUCUACUAUUUACACAAGAGUUAUAAAGUCUGAUGGCUGUUGGUACAAAAGAUCUUCUGAAUCUUUCUCUCCUGCAGCGAAGAGAGAGAAGCCAUCCACCACCACUAGCCCUUUGAUCCAUCAAGGUGUUGUGAAGUGGGUGAUCCAUGUUCUUUAGAAUAGUCUCCACCUUCCUCUCUCCAGAUCUCUCCACCACAUCCUCCACUGAGUCCAGCUUGAGUCCAACCACAGAGCCAGCCUUUUUCACCAGUUUGUUCAGACGUCUUGCAUCUUUGGGCUCUAUUUUCGUGUCCGCCGGCAACGUGGCGGACCACGCGCAGUGGUAUUUUCGUCUGGCGGAGCCAGGCGUAAAACCAGUUUGGUAUUUUCAUGGUUUGAGGCGCACCGAGGUCCGCCAAGCUGGGCGUGGAUGCACGGUAGGGGGAGGUGUCGACAGAAUCAGCUGGCGCAGUGACAUUUUUGUGCUCGCCACCGGCGUGUAAAGUGCACUGAAAGCUUGCCGAUUCAAACCUGGUCAGCUUUCAGCGCAGGCGGAGCGCAGCUGAUAUAAAUGCUAUUUUGGUAGACCAGUGGCGUAUCGGCAUACGUCACUGAUGCCUCACCGGCAGGUUUCCACGGUGUCAGGCACAUUUUAGUGCAAUAAAUAAUCAACAACAACUAAUAUUCUGACUCAGCGCAUACAUUUAGAUCUAUAUUGAUAUAUUCUGAUCUAUAUCUGAUCUGAUGAGCGCAUUUGGCACGCGUUUGGACACUAAACCUGACCGAAUUAACACAGCUGAAACCACAUUAAUACGUACUUACAUACGAAUAUUAUAAUAUUCAGUUUUGUGAGUCAAAUUUAUUUUAUAUGCCAACUUCUAUGAAAGAAAGAGCACGGCCACGGAGUGCGAUGCGUCCUUUACGCACAGAUGGUUCCGAUUUUAAUGCCAUUUUUGGAAUUUAUGUUGUGAUCUGUGUGCACAACCCACCUUUGUCAUGUGAGUUUUAAAUGAAUGCAACUUUAUGUGAGUGUCUUUAUUUGUGACUUACGCCGCUGGGAGGAGCUGAGUUAAGGGGGGGGGGGUACUUAAGCAGGGCUGUGCCGCUCACCAAAAUACCAAAAUGUGCUUGGGAACGCCUUGUUGGCGCGGCAGACCUGACUUGCACUGCGCCACGUCUCCAGCGGGGCACGAAAAUAGAGCCCUUUGUGUUUGAUGCUUCCUUCCCAGCAGACUGCUGCGUAGAACAGAACACUUGCCACCACAGACUGAUAAAACAUCUGCAGCAUCUUACUACAGAUGUCUAUUGAUUGAUGUCUCCUCAGGCAAAAGAGGCGGCUCUGCCCCUUUCUGUAGAUGAAGUCUAUGUUUUUAGAUGAGUCCAACUUAUUAUCCAGGUGUACGCCUAGAUAUUUAUAUAAUGUCACCACUUCAAUGUCCAAGCCACAGGUGUUCACUGUCUGAAGUGGAGGUUUGGAUCUGUGGAAAUCUAUCAUCAUUUCUUUUGUCUUAGAGGUGCUGAGGAGGACGUAGUUUUUGUGACUCCAGUCACCUAAGGCUCUUAUCAGAUCUCUAUCAUGUCCAUUUCUGAAUACACUGUCAUCAAACAGUAUAUGUUGCUUUGACCAUCUGUUAGGUAAGGUGGGUAGUAUUAGAUUUUUUUACACAAAAUGUUAGGAUAAAUAAAACUAGUAAAAGUUUUAAUGGUAGAAUGGUGUAUCAGUGAGCAAACUACUCAAAAUACCGAUGGACUUCAUGACCUAUUUGCGUACACAUUCGAUAAUAUUCUUCCCUGUUAGUUUUCCAUUCACUAUGGCAUCUAAAAAUUUGCUAUGGUUGAUAUGAGAAACUUCUAUAUUGUCUAUUAAUAUUUUGGUUUUAUCUCUUACAUAUUUUUCAAGACAGAAUAUCAUGAAAUUAGAUUUACUGAAUGAGAAUUGGUUCCUCUGAAACUGUUCAGAAAUAGAUGAUAAUUCUUCAUUAGCUUCCUGAACCAGUGUACAAAAACUUGGUGUGAAGUAACGACACAAGUAUAAUCAGCAAGUAAUAAAGGUAAUGUAUACUUGCAGACCUUGGGUAAAUAAUUUAUGUAUAUCAGAAACAAAGAGGUCCAAAGAUUGAACCCUGAGGUACCUUGUGUAUUAGCUAUGCUUGCAUUGAGUUUUGCCUAUUUACAGUUACACAAUUGUUUUCUGCCAUUGAGUAAUUCUCCAACCAAUUUAGGGCAACACCUUGAAAACCAUGUAUUUGUAAUUUUGCAACAAGGAUAUGAUGAUCUACAAGGUCAAAGGCUUUUGACAAGCCCAAGAAAAUGCCAAGUGGGAUUUUUUUUGUCAUCUAGGUUGGCAGAAAUUUUAUCAACAAGCCAUUUAAAACCACUUUAGUAAAAAAAAAAAACAAUGUAAACGAGAAAAUGAAACAUUUAACAGUGAGUCAAUAUGCCACAAAGUAUUGCAAACUGACAUGUGAUUAAGUCAAAUGAUAAAGCAUUUUCCUAAUGGCAGUCUGAAUGAAUAAUUGUGUGAGCUGUGGUAGUUUGUAGCAUAGCACAUUGAUGUGUAAGUGGUGAAGCCAUAAGGGUGCCAAAUGUUAGUGCUGCAGAUAUUUGAGGUCAAGCUCAUUGCUGUGAAAUGUCUUUUCACUCUGUUGAUAACUGUUUGCAUAGUGUCACAUGGGACCUGAUUAACUAAAGGUUUGCAUAUUUAGAUAUCUGUGCAGACUUGAAAGCCUUGCAAACAAAUGUGCAAGCUGAUCUAUCAAUAGAAUGCACUGAGGAUUGUGUCCUUCAAAUGUACUAAAGUGUGUUGUUCAAUGUACUAAAGUGUGUUGUCCAUUGUUGACAGCAAUGUCAGCUUUAUUUCUGCUUUUAUUGUAUUAUUUUUUAGCUGUUUGGCUUUUUGGCAUGAUGACUCUUGAUUUAAUUGGUUGUGUUUUAUUUUGUUACCUCUGUUGUCAUCUCAGGAAAUAUGAGCUAAGAGCAUACUGCAAGUUUUUACAAAGUUGCCUGCGUAGCAGGUGUUAAGUAUCUUAAAACUGCUAAACCUCUAUAGUAAGCUCUUUUUAUGCAAUAUUGGCUCUGAACCUUAAAAAAAGGCACAGAGCUCCGCAAGCACCUUUGUAAACCCUUACCAAAAAGAAGUAUGUUUUGAUGUACUUCCGGUAUACUGCUUUUAAACUAAGUAUAAUUUCAGUUUACUUUUUAUACACUCUUCAGAGAUAUAUUUAACAAAGUUAAUGUUUUUUUUUUAAGUAUAUUUGGCUUGUACUAAGAAUUAUACUAAAAGUCCAAAUAUAUUUAACCUAUACUUACAGUAUACAUAAACUUUUGAUCAAGAUAUACUCAAGUAUGUAUUUGUGCCUUGGGUUUAAGUGGCCUUGGUCCGGGAAUACUUCCAUAUAUCUUUAUAAGAUUAUACUCUUAGAAAAGAUAAGCAGUACAAGCCAAGUAUACAAAUAUGCACUACUAUUGAAAUAAGAGCAUACCAAAGAGUAAUUUUGAUUAUUCUUCAGGGUCAGUGCACAGACAGCCGAUUAAGGCGUGGAUUAAGGCGCGCCCCACUGUGGUCACGGGUCCGACUAUGUGCUGCAUGUCAUCCCCAUUGCCACUCUAUCCUACCCAUUGAAGGAAACCCCUUCAAUGCAGCUUACUUGAAGUAAGCUUUAAGUAUACUUCAAUAAACCAAAUUGGGGCCAAAUUAGACCUAAGAAGUUAACUUUUAAGUACACUGGUAGUAUUUUUGUACCAGUGUACAAAGUAUACUUUGGGCUGUGUACUACAAUGAUCUUCAGUAUAUUUCAUAAAAUGUACUUGAGGUAUACUUUUUUUGGUAAGAAAAAUGUACAUAUGAUUCCUAUAAAAACAACAAAGCGGAGCACACAAAGUGCUACUGAUCUGCUCAGAGAGGGCUUAUUAAGUUUUUGCUGUGCCUUUACCAAGCUCAGUUGCUAAUACUUAUCCAGCCACAGCCACUUCCAUACUCUAACUUUUGUUUACAUGACACGUGCUGCAGCAGCUCGCCAUAGCCCUGAGGAGCCAGCCUCUGAAUGGCAUGUUGUACUCAGUAACUUGGGGCUAAAGGAUCUGACUGAACAGUUUCAACUUUUUCUAAUUUCCAAUCCACCAAUUUUGGCCUGUAUUGUGUAUAGGAUAUUAUGUAUUAAUAUUAUGUAUAGGAUUGGCGCAUCCCUACUAAUAAUCAUCAGCUCAAUAUUUAUCAUCGUCAUUGUGACCUUGCAGCCCCACUGUGUUUGUUUUUCAUUAUCAAACACUUCUUUUUGAAAGAAUAUUUGAGGCCUCGUUUAGGUGUUUGCAUGCUGCAGCACACUGGUGGUUUCCAAAGGAAAACCUGAGGUAAUAAAGUCAGAUUUCUGAGAGCAGGAUAUAUUUUUUUUUUCACACAGAAUCAAUAAAAACUUAACAGGGACACUGAUUAGCUCAUAACAACCCAUCCACGUCAAGUUGGGUGGAGACAUGUUACCAGAAAAUUAAAAUAUUUACAUUUGGAUCUGUUUCAGGUUCUCAACGAAGUAGUGGUGGACAGAGGUCCCUCUUCCUAUCUCUCCAAUGUUGACCUGUUCUUGGAUGGACACCUUAUAACCACAGUGCAGGGAGAUGGUAAGUAUGAGGAUGUAUGUUGAUAGUCAGUGGUUCAGCAGAAUGUAAAUACUUGAGUGGAGUCCGUCUAGUAUCACUAUCCCUCCCAUUUCACAAGUCAAAAGUCAGAGAGAUUUGCAUCAAUCAGUAGACUUAUAGGGCUCUAUUUUCAUGCCUCACCGGAGACGUGCUGCAGGCGUAAGUCAGGUCCACCGCGCCGACAAGGCGUUCCCAAGCACAAUUUGGUAUUUUGGUGAGCGGCGCAGCCCGGCAUAAGUAUCCCCCCCUCCCUAACUCAGCUCCUCCCAGUGGCGUAAGUCACCCUUCUUCUAAAAAUAGAAGAAGGGUUCCCUUAUUUGUGGAGACUCGGCUUUAGUUUGAAAGAAUAUAGACUCUGUAGAUGUUUUUCAGAGUAACUUACACUGCCAGCUAUUUGGGUACUGAAUUUGUGUUUGGUUUUGAUAUUUUUUUUUUUUGCAUUGUCUCUCUGUGUCUGCUCAGGUGUGAUAGUAUCUACACCUACGGGGAGUACGGCAUAUGCAGUUGCAGCAGGUGCUUCUAUGAUCCAUCCUAACGUCCCUGCAAUUAUGAUCACCCCCAUCUGCCCACACUCGCUAUCCUUCAGGCCCAUAGUGGUGCCUGCUGGAGUCGAGCUCAAGGUAUUUACAGUUAAGUGUUUUAGUGUUGGAGUGUUUCUAGGAAGUCAGGGCAAAAAAGCAAUGUCUAAGUCAAAGUUCACUUUGGUGCAUCAAUCAAUCAAUCUUUUUUAUAGUGUGCCAAAUCACAACAAAUUUUCUCUUCAGGACACUUUCCAAAUACAGUAGGCCAAGACUCAACAUCAAGAUAUAAUUGUAUUCAGUUCCAUCUUACAGGCUAAGACUCCCUCUUACUCUUUUCAACACACUGUGAGCCCAGCACUCUGUACAAAUAAGCAAGUUACAGUGAAAAGAAAAAACUUCCUUUAGCAGGCAGAAACCCUUAGCAGGACUCUUGUUGAACAGCAAUCUGCCCCAACCGUGUUGGGAUUGGAAAGCGAAGAGAGGGAGAUGUGGAAAGACAGAUGGAUAGAGAAAAAUAACAAAAAACUCAUGUAGACUUGUGGUCACAAUCCUAAUAAUAAUGUUUAUCAUAGGACCGCUCAAUUAUGGCAAAACUCAAAAUCACGAUUUUACUACUUAGUGUUUUCCGUGGUCUUUAAAUUGUGAUUAUGAAGUUUUUAGCCAAAAUCGCAUUACCUGUGUCUUAUUUUCAAGGGCUUUUCUUCUGCAGAGCUUCAGUAGCUCAUUAGCAAAUCACCACUGAGUUGUGGGCGGAUACAGCGCUGCUCUGCGCACUCCUCUUCAUGCUAGUUUGCAGCUUAACAUUGCUUGUGAUGUAGAAGAAGCAGGUAACAUAGAAGCUAGUCAGAUUCAGACACUAAUGUCUUUAAGGACAUGAUGAAAGCUAAAAUAUCAUAAGCAUUGCAAUCUGCGACCACACAUGCUUUUUUUGCCAUUGUCUUCUCUAUUUCUCUGAGUCUUGCCUGCAUAGUAGGGCUCUGGGGUUGGAGCUUGGAUUUGUGACAUAUGAAAUCUCACCAUAUCUGAGCCUGCAGUUUGGGUCUGCCAGAUAUUCACAGCAAUUUGAAUGCAGAAAUACUCAGAAAUGCAAUUGUGCACUUAUUUUUCUCAUGAUUUGACCUGUAGCAUCAGAAAAAUGCCAUAUGAACAUGUAAAAGACAAGAAAACAUGAUUUUUAUUGGAGUGGGUCUUUAAGCAACCUUAAAACUCUUUAACUCUGUUUUUUGAAAACAUGACCAACAUGUUACCUUCGUUUUUUGGUUGAUGAUUUCUGUCAGAGAGAUAGACAUACUCUAAUGCCUGUCUCUCUAACAGGAAAAAAAUCAUUUUAAGUGUAAAAGUCAUAUGUAUUACUACCAAAAGGACUAUGUGUCAGUUCACUUUAAGAGCUUUGAAUUAAUUUUGAUUAUUUAAACUCAAGGAUUUGCGCUCUUUUCUUGCUAACAUUUUAUCACAGGUUGCAGAUGUUACAGAUCAUUUCAAAAUUUUAUGUAAUGUCCUUCAAAGCUUUAAAGGUUUCAUAUUAUGCAAAAAUUCACUUUAGAAUGGUUUCUUACAAUAAUAUGAAUCCUCAGCCUGUCUCAAACCCCCCCAAAAUGAGAAAAUUCUAUCCCCUUGCUCUCUUGCUUGUUCCGCCUUUCAGAAAAUGUCUGCUCAAAAGGGCGGAUUGAAACUAUUGCCUUUCAUGAUGUCAUGGACGGUGAUAACUCCUCCCCUCCAGGUUGGUGACCCUGCUCAAGAUUGUUGUUGGCUGCACAAAGAAGCACAGAAGUCUGUUUCCGUAGACUGCAAGAACAUAGUCAUCAGAGAUAACUAUACUUACAAUAUUGCCCAUUUACCAAAAGAGCUCCAAGUAACAGCAGAGAAGACAGUGGAGAUGUAACUAUUACCAAGAGCUAAUGUUUCUUAACUACAUGUAAGUCACUGUGAACCAACUAGAGAAUGACAUUUUUCGGGAAUUCCAGUGGGUCACGUGAUUCCCGCGGGAAUCCCACGGGAUGGGAGUCAUUUUUUAAUUGAUUCCGUGAUGGGAUGGGAUGGGGGAAAAAAAGCCACGGGAGCGGGCAGGAGCGGGAACAACAUUAAUAGAUGAUAAUUUUCUGCCGUGUAAAUCAACAAGAUAAACAGAUGCGUCCAUUUUUGUAGUCAUCUCUCAGUGAGAGCCAACACUCUUGACCGCGCUAGCAACACAAAAGAACUACAACAGUGGUUUGACUUCCUGUCAGCAGGGAGCGCGGCUGCACAUUUUUACCCUUCAAGCCAGGAGGCUUGGAGGGGUUCUCGCCUGGGGAGUAAUUAAGUUUCGAACCGCCACUGUAUAUAUAUGCACUUUGUUUACACCGACCGAAUGUCAGGCAUGUGAAACUCAAAGGCAAUGCCUUUUAUAUGCAGUGCACUUUUACCUAAAAUAGAAAAUGCAACGUUUUCUCAACAUGUUUGGUUUUAUUCAAACGGGAGUGGGACAGGAGUGGGAGUUAUUUUGAGUGGGAGCGGGAUGGGAGUGGGAGUCAUUCUACGGGAGGGGGACAGGACGGGAUUCAUUUUUUUACUCUGGUCCGGGAUUGGAACGCGACAGGAUUUUUUCUCUGGGAGUGGGAUGGGACUGGAGUGAAAAUCCGGUCCCGUGUCAUGCUCUAGUACCAACACACGAAAAAAGAAAAACAAAAAUAUUCUAGGUCAGACUCUGGAUCAAACUGGUACGGCUGGAAGACAGUGCUUCUACAAGCCAUACCUAGCACUAUGUGUAAACAAUAGCGUAUGGUACCGUAGCGCUAGCCACGACUCCCUCUUCCAGAGAGACAGGGAGGGGUGGGGCUUGCACUGAAGGAAGCAUGGACAGGCGCGGCACACAGACACAGCGUGUUCUCGGUAGAGCUCACUAGAGAAAGUUUUCAGGCUGGCUGAAGUCCAGGAAAAAAAUUGAUUUUUAGACAACAAACUUUAAGUUGACUGUUCUGGGACCACUGAGACCUAUGUGAACCUGCUGAAAAGGAGUAUAAUAUGGGACUUUUAAAACUUGGGCUUGUAUUUUAUUAUAAGUUUAUCAUUGUUUCCCCACCAGCCAUUAGUGCAAAGUAGGGCUGGGCGAUAGAACGAUAAGAAUAAGAAUAACGUUUUUAUGGCCUGGCUCUUUCUUUCAUUGAUGUUGGCAUAUAAAAUGAAUUUGGCUAAUGCAACUGAAGAUUAAAAUGUUCGUAUGUAGGCUUAAAGUAAAAUAACUCAUUUGGUCACUAAAAUAAAUCAUCUGGUCAGCUUUGCUGCAGCAGCAGGGUGGGGGGAGGACACAGAGACAUGUCCAGGUCCACAGUGAUUGCAAGUAACCAAGUACAACUACUUUGUUACUGUACUUAAGUCAAAUUUUCAGGUACUUUGUACUUUUAGAAGUAUUUAUUUUUCUAACAACUUUUUACUUUUACUCCUUACAUUUUAAUACAAAUAUCGGUACUUUCUACCUCUUGCAUUUUCCCAAAAGGCUCGUUACCUCUUUAUUUAUAUAUUAUGUUUUAUUUAAAUUUUUUUUGGCUCAGUGGUUUGUCAGUGGUUUCCGGGUACCGCCAAAAUUUUGAAAGAUGCACAUGACACGGCUGCCUGCCUGCCUGCCUUCCUGCCUGCCAGUCAAUCAAAAUAGUCAGAGCACCUGCAGGCUGCAGCCAGAAAAAGAGUACAAAAUGGACAGCAAAAAGGACUGUGACAAAGAAGAGAUUGCGUUUCUUUACGAAUUUCAACUUUCCAAGCCGGGAGCGUGGCUGCGCAUUUCUACUCGGAAAGCCGGAUGCAUGUGGGUAUUUCAACCCUUCAAGCUGGGAGAAGCGUGAACGCAUUUCAACCUUCCAAGCCAGCGCCGCUGUGCAUUUCUACUUUUUAAGCCAGGAGCAUGGAUACGUCAUUUUGUAACAUUCUGUAGUUUUUUAAUAAUUUCUAGAGUCAUGGUGAAUCAAAUCAUCAUACCUGUCUGCUUCUGAUAGGCUAAUAAAGUGUGACUUUGGGUGAGCACAGAUUUGAACACACUGUCAGCCAAGUAUUUAUUUAUUAAGUUUUUAGUUUUUAGUAAUGCUUUUGUGCUGGCACUAUACUGGGGCAGGUGCAUACCCUUUCAACACUUCAUUUUUUAUAUUUACAUUUGUGUUGAAUUAUCACUUUAUCAUGACUGCCACUUGUUUUACAGAAAGCAAAUAGUUUGUUAUUCUCCAGUGCAGUCUUUAUUUUUAUUUAUACAGCCGCUUUAUUUCAUUUGAGAUUGUUUGUUCAAGGUUUUCAAUAAUGUGAUGAAGGUUUGGGAAAAUAAAAGAUAGUUAUCUUGAAAGCCACAGGUGUAAGCUCUCAAAUACUUUUUGAAUUUUGUUUGUAUUUGCCGCAGAGGCUGAUAUAUCAGCUUUUUUGUAAACCUCAACACUUCAGAAAACCUCAGGAUCCGGGGGCCUCAAAAUUGCCUUCAAGAUUUCAAGAGCUGUGUCUCAGACAGGGCUCAGGUCAUAAUGGGUUAACUCACCACCACAGUUAGAUUCACAUCCUGGGGGAACCACUGGUGUGUGUUGUAUAACCCAGGUUAAGAACCUGUGUUUAAAAAAAAAAAAAGUUCAAAGUGUAUUAAAAGAGAGCUCUUUGAAUUAAAAACAGUGAUUAAUUUAAUUUAAUGUUUAAAAGAGAGCUCUUUGAAUUAAAAACAGUAAAUCAUUUUUAUGUAAAAAGAAAGCUGUUUAAAUUAAACAGUAAAUUAUUGCAUUUUAUGUUAAAAAUCUCAUUUCAUUUUAUGUUAAAAAAGACAGCUGUUUGAAUUAAAACAAAUGCUUUAAUGUUUUUGUUAAUUAUAAACAUGUGCAGUGUUGCAUUGAUGUAUUAUUUUAAAAAAUAUGAUUAAGAGUUAAAUACCACUAGACCAGCUGUGCUCUGCCUGCGCUGAAAGCUGACCAGGUUUGAAUCAGCGAGCUUUCAGUGCACUUUCCACACCGCCAGCGAGCACGAAAAUGUCACUGCGCCAGCUGAUUCUCUCAACACCUCCCCCUACUGCGCCACCACGCCCAGCUUGGCAGACCUCGGUUCGCCUCAGUCCACGAAAAUACCAAACUGGCAGUGCACUGGGCACUGCCGGACAAAAAUACCACUGAGGAGGAGGCAGUUCUUGUGACUCCAGUCACUAAAGGCUCUUCCCUGUAUUCAGCCUCUUGUCCAUUUUUGAUACAUGCUACGAUAGCAGUGUCAUUUGAGUAUUUCUGGAUGUGGCAGGACUCAGUGCUGUAUUUGAAGUCUGAUGUAUACAGUGUGAACAGGAAUGGAGCCAGGACUGUUCCUUGUGGAGCCCCUGUACUGCUCAUCAUUGUCCCAGAAACACAGUUCCUCAGCCUGACAAACUGUGGCCUUCCUGUCAGGUAAUCUGUGAUCCAGGAAACACAGGCUUGUUUUUGAGUAUGGUGGGUUGGAUGGUGUUGAAUGCACUUAAAAAGUCAAAGAACAUGAUCCUCACAUAAACCCCAGGUUCCUCCAGAUGAAACAGGGCACGGCGAAGCAUGUAGAGGACAGCAUCAGCCACUCCAAUGUGUUUUUUGUAUGCAAACUGUAAAAAAUCCAGUUUGUCUUUGACCUCAAACCUCUGAAGGCAUAGAAUCAGCUGCUCCAGGGUUUUCAUGAUGUGUGAAGUGAGGGCCACUGGUCUGUAGUCAUUGAGUUCAGCGGGACAUUUUGUUUUUGGUACUGGCCCAAUGCAGGGUGUUUUCCACAGAGCAGGUAGCCGCCCCAGCUGUUGACUCAGGUUGAAGAUCCUGUGGAGAGGUUGACACAGUUCUGCAGCACAGUCUCUAAGCAGCCUUGGACAUACACCAUCUGGACCAGCUGCCUUCCCAGGGCAAAGUCCUCCAAGCUCCAACCUCACCACUGUUUCAUGGAUAGACAAGGACUGGUGUUCAAGGAGGGAGGUAGUUGAAGUGGUUGAGACAUUUGAACAAGAUGGAGGAGGAAGGGGAGAGGUUGUAGUGGAGAUUUGUGACUUAACUUACUUGACUUAGGUCGCAACGCGGCGAGAGUGAACAUGGUUGCGCCAAAUGUCACAAUCCUUCAUCAGUGAAGCUAGCUCGCUGGCACUCUUCGCUCCAGUAUCCUUCUUUAAGGUAUCCACAUACGAUGUUCGUGGCCGCCCUCUAUUUCUGUGGCCGUGCUUUGGCUCCCAUAGCAAGACUUUCUGGGUGCUCAGCUCAGGGUGGCGGUGACAGUGUCCUGCAAGCUGGAGUCUCUUGGCUGCUAUCUUGUCAGCGACUGCGGGCAGUUCGCCAUAAAGCACUUCAUUGGUUGUGUGUGAGCUCCAGUGUACAUUUAGGACCCUGCGUAGCAUGCGUGUGUAGGUACCAUUGAGGGACUUCUCCAUUGCAUUAUUCAAUGCCCAGCUCUCGCACCCGUAUAUGAGGAUUGACUCGACCCUGGCGACGAAGAAACGCUUCUUCAGACCUGGAUUCAUGUUGGACUUCCAUAUCCUGUCCAUAUCAUUGAGGGCUUUCCAGGCCAACCCCUUUCUGACUUUGAUGUCCUUCAGGGAUUCAUCUACCCAGGAUCCAAGGUACUUAAAAUCGUUCUUCUCCUCUAGGACGGUGCCGUUACGAGUGACCAGAGGAGAGUGCCGGACAAGAGGAGGAUGAUCAUCGAUGUUGUAGGCCAGGUAUUUGGUUUUUGUGCCAUUGAGUCCGAGACCUACUUUGUUGCAUUCAGUCUCUACUCUAAGGAGGAGUUCCUGGGCUUGUUCCACGGCGUCAGAUAGCAGGGCAAUGUCGUCUGCGAAGUCCAGGUCAGCUAAGACUUCCUUCGGGUGCCUCCUAGAUCUGCGUGGGGUGAUGGUAAAGCCCAAUUCUUCUUCCUUGCCAUCUGCCAUCGCUUUCCUCAGGGCAUAGUGUAACCCACCUCAGCUUUGACUGUCCUUAGCAAUAGCUAGAUGAUACAGAUAUGUUUCUUUAUAAUAUUAACAACUCAGUGGACCAGUAAAUCAGAAGACUAAAUUCGCUACAGGAGAAAGGGGUAUUUGAAAUUUGUAAUGAAUGACAGAGUAAAGGACUCAACUGACAAUAGGUAGGUUUUGUGUUGAAUUGUAUUAGUAACCGUUAGAAAAAAAAAUAGAAACCCUUAAAACAGAGAACAGCAUUCAUCUACAUAUGAGCUCAGUGACAAUAUUCACAAAAUAAACUCCAAGCAAAAUCGAAGAUCACAGUCCUUGUUGGGUGGCCCGCCACAACCACUGAGCCUCCCCUCUACCUUACAGAACAGGGAAGAACCCAGCGGAAGAAUUCUUCGUUUCUUGAAUCCAGGGAAGAAAAAGACCCGGCCUAUAAUAGGCCAGAAAUAAAUCACUAUGAUGCUCUUAUAACACUUUUUUUCAGAGCUAUAUGCAUAUAAACAAGCAUAAAUGUAACCAGCAUCAUUGUAGUUAUUAUUUUUGUACAUUAAAUUCUCUGAGCAUAUUUUAAAAUACUACUAUGAACAAAAUAGCUUAUAAAUUCUCCUCUGUUCAUCUCUCUUUUGGCUCACUCACAUAAAAAACAGUGUGAGAGUAAUGCAGACAAAACACAUCAUGUAACCCUUUUCUCCUUUACACAUAAACAUGAAAUAACGUCUCUUUAACUCAUUAACUUCAGCAACUACAUCCGCUUAUAGCGGAACAUUUUACUUUGCCGAUGAGGCUCACAUCAUUACAUUUUACUCACCAGAAACUCAAGCAGUAUUUACACACACACUUCUUCAGACUAAAUGUCACCCACACGGCUCAUCAGCAGUCCAGCUCUCACUUAAAAGAAACGGGGACAACACGAGAGUUCAGCAUGACGUUUUUUUUCUUCAAGCUAACAGCGCUCAUUGAUAGUGAACUUACAGUUUAACGGUCCGCAACCCGACCCACGGGAAAGAAAGAAAAGACUCCGGUCUCCGUGCCGAAUUAAAACAGCCUCCGUCUUCCUAAAAUUUUGCUCUCUUGCACUGAAAGUUAGUUUUUAAUCUGCGGUGAAGGAUUAGCGUGCAGCUACUUUGUCCAAGUCCGAGGGAGAGAGACCGGAAGAAGACCCCUGACCCCGAUCACGUCUGAUCGGUUACGUUGCGUCAUGUGAACUCCGCAUGUCACCCGAAUCUUGUACACAUCUUUUUUCUUUUUUUUUUUUUUUUAAAAAAAAAGCACAUUCAAAUGAACUAAAAUACCCUUUUUAAUAGAUGUAAUAAUUUGUGUAUUAUUACUGUUUUUCACCUAUUUAUUGACCUUUUAAUAUUUUUAAACCAUGAACUGAUUUAUUUAUUCCAUGUAGAAUCAUUUUAGGCGUGUUUAUGUAACCAACCUCGAUAUUUAUGUAUUUAUUUGUUUAAUAAAUUGAUGAUCCUUUCAUCAGAGCCUAGUAACCUGGGUUACAAUAGUCCAACACAAUGAUGAAGAGGAAUGGGGUGAGCGUAUCUCCCUGCAGAACUCCAGCAGUAAUGUCGAACUGCUCCGUCUCUCCAUCAGGUGUCAUGAUUCUCGCCUUGGUGUUAGAGUACAUGGCUUCAAUUGCUCUGAGCAGGUUGGGUGGAAUACCGUAUGCCUUCAAGAUCCUCAUCAUCUUCGCUCGGUGUAUUGAGUCGAAGGCUUUCUUGAAAUCUAUGAAGGUGAUGAUGGCUGGCAGAUUGUUCGCCUUCACUCCUUCAAUGAUUCUCCUCAGUGUGAGAAUCUGAGCCACAGUGGAUUGCCCAGGACGGAAGCCAUUUUGGUUAAUUCUGAGUUUCAGGUCAAUGACGCUGCGAAUACGAUUGAGGAUCAUCCUGUUGUAAACCUUGGCGACUAUACAUAUUAGACUGAUACCUCGAUAGUUGUUGGUAUUAGUCAGAUCACCAGUCUUGGGCACAGGGAUAAUGUUCAUGAACGACCAGAGGUCAGGCUUGUCAUUCUUCAUAAGCGCGUCGUUGCAAAACUGGAGGCAGAUCUCAUCGAAGUCACAGCAUUUGAAGACUUCUGGGGGGCUGUUGUGCGGUCCAGCUGCUUUUCCCAGCUUGAGUGAAGCUUUGACCUUCCUGAACUCAUCUAGGGUGAAGGGCUCGUCGUUGAUGUCCAGGUCUUCAAAGAUGUUAGGAAUUAGAUUUGUUGCAGAGAGGAAUGUGGUCAACUGAGACCAUGCAGAAUUAUUUUAACUUUAAUGCUGAUUUUGCUUAACCAGCUCUCGUAUAGCAGGCAGCAGAGGGCAUAUAUGUUUGCAAGAUUCACUCAGACUAACACAGUCUGAAUGAAUGGGGGACAGGUCAGGCUGGAUAGUGCUGCCUCUGGGCACAGCUGGCUGAAUUUUUAAAGUUCGACUCUGGACAGGGAUCAGCAAUUUGGUGAUCAAUGUCUGGAAUAUGGACUGCUCAAAUAAUGAAAUUACUCAAGACAUAGGGCCAGGUAAGGCGCCUCAUUAACCUAAUAAAUGGAACUGAAGAGUGCCCUUUGUUAAUGAUAUUAACGUUUGCCUCAUUGUCACAAAAAAAAAAAAAAUCAGUUUCCUGGACCAAUGUUUAUCCCAUAGGAGGCAAGAUAUGAAAAUUGGAUACAAUUUGAGGAGAGCAGUUGAAGACACAUUUUUUGGCACAGAAGACAGUUCAUACAGCCAAACAUCAGCAAACCACUGAUUAUUAAAACCCCCUCAAAACCAACAGAUGGUGCUGCGACUGUAAAUAGCUUAAUUGCAGGAGAAGAUUCCUGAUAGUCACUGUAAAAGAAUGAGAAGCUAUUCCAUUUUUUUCACAGAGGUGACCAAACCGCAGUUUGAAACUACAACCUUCAUCUAAACUUGCCCUAUCAUGGAGUUUCUCAACUGAUUUGGCGAGGUCAAGAAGUCUAAAAAUAUAAGAACCUCCCCUGAGGCAUGACGCGCAUGGCAGAUUAAUGUGCCCAAGCAAAGAGAGAAGUUCUCUUAUCGGUAGAUGUACUGCCUCUCGAGCAUAUCCCGUUACUUCUCUUUUAAGAUGCUUUUUCCCCUGAGUAUUUACGCAUAGCUAUGCCUAAAGGAUUAACAGGGGUAAUUGGAAAGGGUGACUAUAGGGGCCAAUUAUGAAUCCUUUCUAAACCUUUUCUCCAGCAACUAUUUCACAAUCUUUUAAAGCAGAUUGUAACUUUUUACUCACAGAGACACUUUUGGCAGCCAGACCAAACCUGCUAGGAACCCCUGAACCAGUCCUGUUAUCAAAUAAUUCACAAAACAGCAGUUAGGAUGCUUUGGCACUGCCUUCCCCUGCUCUGGGACAUUUGACAGAGUAGACAGCUUUAUUCUCUUUCCUUUUUUACAAGGCGGGUGCGUCUUGGGCAUGCUAAUUUCAGAUGCCUGUCCCUGCAGUAACUUGGCCUCUCUGAGUGGUAGGCUUAGAAGGCUUGGGUGGUUGGCCUGUAGCCACAGUUUUAGGGCACAGAUUGAAGGUGUGAGCAGGGGUGAAAGUAGGAUAAGGUUCUUGCAGAUGCUGUACCCGUAGGCUUUGUACAAGAGGAGCAUACCAAAGUUUAACGAGGUGCCGACUCUAAUGGCACAGUAUCAUCAUCUGUUGCAUCUCUCUUUCUCUUGAACAUAAAAUCAUUUUAUUAUUUUUCCCUUUUGUCUUAUUUUUGCAUUAAGAUUGAAGCAGCUGUCUCUUUAGAAGUUCCCCCCUUCCACAAAAGGCGGGAGGUGGGCCCCAGUGCCUAGGCAACCAGUAAAAGUGCGCAUUGAGUGCUCCCACUUGUGGAGUUUGUUUGUGGAAGCAAAUGCGGCUCACUCUCAAGCAGCAUGGUCCUAUUGAAUUACUACGGUUACAAUGCAGAGUGCAGACUGACAUGCAGCAACACACUAAGCAAAUGUAGCAUACAUACAUUGCAGGGGUGGAAGUCUGUGUACUGGCUGUAAACUGCUGAUUAUGUCUUCCCGGAUGGCGUACCACUGCGAACCGGCUUACUUAGACCCGCAGAUUGAGCAGAAAAAAGCUUGAUGCCCAGUAAAAUGUCUACUGAUUAGAGCUAGUCGCCUAUGGACUAAUCAAGUCUUUGGUUGAAUGUUUGAAUGUACAUAGCAGCUUUGCUGAAAAUGAUUUGUGAUACUCCUAGAAUAAUGUUCCUCCAUAAGUCAUGGCUUAGUCAGAAAUGAUGGCGAGAUAUGUGUCCAGUUCAGUUCUGUGUGUGCCUAGGCAACUAGCAUCCAAUCAAAAGUGUGCAUUGAGUGCUCCCACCUGUGGAGUUUGGAGGGUUGGGCCCCUUGCUCUGAGGGGAUGGCGCCGCGGCUGAAGCUGGAACUGCUAUGAUGCUGUGAGAGCAGUGUUAUCUUUUCUUGAUCGCUUUUCUGUUGACAGAGGAGGAAGAGAGAACUGCAGGUGAAGGCUCUAUGUAGAUAUUUUCCAUAAACAAGUUAAAAGCUCUUGAUGUGAGGCACCAUCUGGAGCUGUGAUGUUAUUUUUAAAGGACUUUCAGGACCCUUGACACUGGCCGUUCAUGAAGCUGGAGGAAAUAGAAGUUUUACUUGCUAGACCAGAGCUCCUGCAGAAGGGAACGUAGCUGUCAUUGCAAGGACUGGCUGCCUCAACUUCGCAUUGCUGAUGUAGCAUUUCAGAAAAGCAGUCAAUCUGCCAUGGAUCCUCGUCAUGGGCAGGGAUCAACAUGAUGAAGAGCAAGGUAGGAAAAAGCAGAAAUGCAGAUCUGAGUGUUUUCAUCAGUGGGAGCUUGCAGAGCGGUUGCAGCCUUGCAGAGUGGUUGCAGCAGGCAGAGUAGGCAGGAGAAUUAGUUUAAAUAGGGCGCCAUUUUGGUAUUUGCCAAUAGGAUGUGUGGAGGCGAUCAGCUGAGCUCUCAGCUGACUGAGGGCUGGCUUAAGAUCAGCUGUCUGUAUCCUUUAGCUGACUUCAUGUUCUGCCUGAACAAUCGCUAUGCUUCAUGUCACAAAAGUUGUUGGUUUCUUCCCUUAUCUAUUCUGUUUUCUGUUUGUCUACUUACACUGUCCUCACAAUUUCUCAAGCCGUUUCAAAACAGCAAUAUUCAAAGUCUGAAUACAAUUCUAGCACCUGGUUAUAAGAUGUUACAUGCUGAACAAACAGAGUUAUUUCCUCUCCAUAUUUUUCUGUGUUUUCAAGUUAAAUCAAACUUGUUCGAGAUUAAUGAGACAUUUAGUGGCUUGUGCAAACACUAAGGUUCAAGGUGUGAAUUUUGUCAAGAUGCAUUCUCACCAGUGCCAAACAGGGAGCAGCAACUGAGACUUUUAAAACUGGGGUCAUCAUAGUUUCACUCCAAGCCUUAUGCUAACCCAAAGAUUUUUUUUUUUUUAAGAAUCAGAUUUUAUUUUAUUUUCAGAAUUUAUAUAAAACCAUACAUCAUUUCAAUUCAAAUAAGGUAGAAAAUGACAAGAAAAGGAUAAAACAUGAGGGGAAAAAAACAAAACAAAACAAAAAGAAGGGUAAACAAAGACAAACCUCAACAACAACAACACAACAAUGUAUCAUCAAUUUAAGAAAUUCGGUCCUUGUACUUACAAAAAAGUAUUUUUUUUCAUUAGUUAGCUCUGUCUGGGACCUCCUCAACCAUUGUUUCCCCUCAGUAUAGUUUCACUUAGACCUAUAGGCAAGUAAUCCAUAUGGGGCCGUCAUGUGUCCAUGAAGAUAUCAUUAUUCCAUUUUAAUUUGGUACUUAGCCUUUCCAUCUGUAAAACUCUAAAAAUGUCUUUGUACCACUGAGUUACAUUGGGAGGUUUGCUGCUAGUCCAACUAAAUAGUAUACACUUUCGGGCCAAAUAUAAGAGUUUAUUCAAUAAUUUUGAUCUUGUCACAUCCAUAACUCUAUUUGUAAGUGGCAGCCCCAAUAGAAACUGGCCUGGAUCUUUACAUACCUUGUUUUUGAAAAUUGUUGUCACUUCCUUAGAUACACAUGACCAGAACUUUGAUAUUCUAGGACAGCUCCAGAAGCAGUGUAUAAAUGUUCUAUUUGUUAACUUACAUUUAAGGCACAAUGGUGAUCUAUUAGGGUCAAUUUUGUUCUUAACAUGAAGUGUCCUGUGCUGUCUAUGAAGAAUUCUAUAUUGCAUUUCUUUGAAUUUAUUGCUGGGAAAAAGAGAGUGAGUGGUCUGAAUACAUCCCUCUCAAGCAUCUUCAUUGUAUACUCUUAAAAGGUCCUCCUCUCAUCGCUCAACAAGCCCAUCAAUAUUGUGUUGGUUAUAACUCUGUAGACUAUUAUAAAAGUAAGUAAUAAGACCUUUAUUCAAUGUAAAAUUAAUUAUGAACUCACCAACUGGUCCAUUCAGUGUUUCUGUUUGAGUUGGCUUGAAGUUAAUACCAUAUUUUGAAGAGGAAACAGAAAUCCCUUCACUUGUUAAUUGGUCAACAUGUCUUAAAGCACUUACAUAGUAUUGAUUAGACAAAAUAUGGCUGACUGACUCAUUACAUUAGGCAUAUUACAGACAGCAGUCUACUACAUUUUUUUUUCUUUUUUUUUUUUUUUACAAUGAAAUGUUAUUGUACACAAGAAAAAAGGACCCCCAAGUUUUCUGCCUUGGAGUACACUUUCAAUUCAAUGGGUCUGUUUUCCAUCAAGUUAUCAGGAGAUAACUUGAUGGAAAACAGACCCAUUGAAUCAUUGAAUACCAAAACCAUUAAUCCAAAUGUUUUACAUGUCAACAUAAGCGCUUUAUAUCUAAAAAAAACCAAAAAAAAAACGUUUUCAUGUCUACUUAUUUGUGUUCACAGCAGCAGGCCGGCACAGCAUCUAUAUUCAGUACAUAUACUGUAUGUUUAUGGCAAACUAUAGAAGUGCAGAAGAGCAGGAAAGAUACAGCUCUGCUUCAAUGUCUCAAUUCUGGAUCAAUCAGUCUGCUGCUUUCCACACAAAAAACUUCCAAUUAUCUUGUGAAACCCACACAAUUUUGUGGAAACCGACUUAACUGCCAGUAGUUCAAUGAUGUAGUUAAAUCACUGUCAGAGAGAUCACCAAAGUGAGAGAGAGUGAAGCAAUAAGCUCACCAUAAUGUCUCGGACAUUGUUAUUGAUGAGCUCUCAGCAGAUUCAGUUUUCCAGUGAUUUCUAUUCAAUGUGUAUUUCUCUCUUAUUCCAAUUAUCAUAUUCUAUAACAUCAACUACAAAACCUAAACCAGUAUUUUGUGGUAACAUUUUGGGUCCUGUGCGCAAGUGAAAACAUGUCUACAAAAGUACUAUUAGGGUUUAGGAUGUUCACCAUUUUAUUUUAAUAGAUUUUAUCAGCUAUUUUAUAGUAUUUGAAGUUUGAAUAAUUUUGGAUUACUUGUGUACAUUUGUUUAGUAGUAUAACAUAUUUCAACAUUAGAUGAUUACAUGAAGUGCAUAUUGAUUAUAAAAUAUUAAUAAUCUCAGUUUAAAAGAAUUUCCUCCUUGCCCCUUUUCCUUUUUUUUUAAAUUUUUUAAUGUUUGUUUUUUGCUUCAUUGUGUUUUUUUUUUCUAGGUAAUGCUGUCACAGGAUGCCAGAAACACAGCCUGGGUGUCAUUUGAUGGACGAAAGAGACAAGAGAUUUGCCAUGGAGACAGGUUAGUCCACAUAGUAAGCUAAUUAUAACACCUCAGCCAUGAAAAUCUCAGCCAUGAAAACAAAGAGCAUUGAUAGGACUGAAGCUAGAUAGAAGAAGGAAAUCAUAUCAUCUCAAAUUAGAUUUUAGAUUAAAUCCAAAUACAGGCUUUACCAUAAAACCCUCUUUAAAAGCCUUUUCACCGGUGGUGUCUUAUGUGCCGUAACCAUGGACUAUGUUACUCUGAUAACUAUCUUUCUGGGUCUUAUAACAAGUUAUUUAGUAACUGAGAUAUCUGAAGCACAAUUGGACAAAUAAGGGCACUUUUUAUUUUGUGAAUGCAAACACCUUGAAUGUUCAGUCUUCAUCCUGACCUUAGCUUACAUGACAGAAUCAUUGUGUGUUCUUUGUUAUCCCUGUUCCAGUAUUACCAUCACCACCUCCUGCUUCCCUCUUCCUUCUAUCUGUUUUCGGGACCCAGUGAAUGACUGGUUUGAGAGCUUAGCCCAGUGUUUACACUGGAAUGUGAGAAAGAAGCAGAACUACCUUGAUGAGGAAUUCUGAGGCCUUAUCCAUGAAUUUCUCAAAGAUGCCAAGACUCCUGACUCUUAGAUGAAGCCUGACUGAUCUUUGCCUUUUUUUUUUUUGCAUUCAAAUAGGUCUGUCAUAAUAAAGCUUGUACUGUGUAUCUCAACUACUCCACUAAAUAUACUCAGUAAAUCAAUCUUCAGAAUCAAUAUAAAACAAUGUAUUUCUGAGUAUGGUGACAAGAUUAAUUGAUUUGACCAUUAAUACAGUUUUUUUCAAAAUUAUUCUUGCAGUAAACAUUGAAAUUUAUUACAUCUUAUUUGGAGCUAAUAAAGCAUUUGAGUAGUUGAACAGCUCCCAGAACAACAACAAUCUUUAUAGCUUGAUGUAUCAAACAUCCCUUGCCGCAGAAAACAAACACAUUGUACAGACAAAUGCACUACCCCUACUUUCAGAGGUCAACUAGGCUGCUAAUGUACUGACCUUCCUAACUAAUCAGACAGGUUUGUUCGCCAACUUUGACCUCUUGCCUAUUUAAAUGAAAGGCAAUUAGUAAUGACUGCAGCAAGAUGGUUGUGUCUGUAGUAGGGUCUUCUGUUGUCCAAAAGUUUAUAGUUAUGCAAUUUUCUCAUAGAAGUACCUGUAGCACGAGAUCUCUGUCCUGAGUCCACAUGUCUGAGCCUUCAGGAACUAGCAGCAAGUAGUUGCCACUCAGUAGUCGAAACUUCUUUUUAAGAGGUUUAGGGCCCUUUGUUGUCUGGUGAAAGAAAAAAGAGUAGAGGAUAAAGACAACAUUACAAAGUUUGAAUUUUAAAAUUCAAUCAUUAUUAUGUGUAUGUAAAAAAUGUGGCUUUGAACAGAGUUUGGCCUCACUUUUGGUCCAGGGCUGUCUGUGUAUCUGCAUCCUGUACACCAUUACAAAUGGAUAGUCUGGAGACAGGGCAAAAGUUUUCUGAAUAUUUAUCAAAAUGUUAAAGACAAAGCAAGGUUUUAGCAAAUACAGCAAUACUCAUGAUGGGUUUUAUUAGUCCUUCACAGCACUUUCUGAUCUGUAUAGGCUGUAUUGGCUGAGUGAGAUCGUGUUGAUUCGUUCCACUUCAGUGGAGCAACAUGAACUGUGAUUCAUAAAAUAGCUCUAUUGAUAGUAAGUACUAAAAAAAAAUAUCUACUCAUGCCAUCUGGUCAAUUUUUAGUAAUCAGUGUUUCGGUGUCAAACUGUUUUCUUUCUGCGGCGUAGUGAUACUUGCACACGCGCAAUCCAAUAUGCAGAGGGGUGAAGCGAUUUUUGUCACGUGGACCAAUAGGAGCCGAGUAUCAGAAAUACACAACCAUGGCGACGAGCGCAUCUAGCUGUGAGACAAGCGAAGAGGAAGAAAAGAACAGGUAAAAAGAAAACAGCCUUCAAAAGUGCAUAAAAAAGGAACACAACAAUGCUAUAUGCAUCCAUCAUCUGUCCAGAGUGAAGACGUUCUCGACUUUACAAGGACACGUUGGGAAACUUUGUCUCACCCUGUAGAGAAAGCCACUUUCUAAUACUAGUUCUGUAAGUUUCCCAACGUGUCCUUGUAAAGCCGAGAACGUCUUCACUCUGGACAGAUGAUAGAUGCAUAUAGCAUCGUUUCGUUCCUUUUUUAUGCACUUUUGAAGGCUGUUUUCUUUUUUUCCUGUUCUUUUCUUCCUCUUUGCUUGUCUCACAGCUAGAUGCGCUCGUCGCCAUGGUUGUGUAUUUCUGAUACUAUGGCAACGAGACUCGGCUCCUAUUGAUCCACAUGACAAAAAUCGCUUCACCCCUCUGCAUAUUCAAUUGCGCGUGUGCAAGUAUCACUACGCCGCAGAAAGGAAAUAGUUCGACACCGAAACACUGAUUACUAAAAAUGGACUGGCUGGCAUGAGUAGAUAUUUUUUUUUAGUACUUACUAUAAAUAGAGCUAUUUUAUGAAUCACAGUUUAUGUUGCCCCACUGAAGUGGAACGAGAUUCACUUUCUAGGCACUUUAUCCUCUGUCCCAAUACAGCCUAGUAAGAUGAAUAGCAGGGACAAAUCUUGUACUUUUUUUCUUUGUAGGCUGUGUUGUAAUAUUCUGGAAAACUUUUUUAAAUAUUCAAACCAAACUUUCAAAUUAUCUAUAUCAAAUCAGGAAAUAAAAGUGAUACGUCAUCAAGGAAUGCAACUGUUAUUUAACAUGUCUUUUAGGUCUACUAUGGGUAAGAGCAAACUUAAAGUACAUCUACAGUACACUUGAGUAGUGGUCCAAUUGUAAAGACUGUGCCUUAUACAUAUUUAUGUAAUUAAUGUUAAGUCGCAUUAAUGAUAAAGGUGUACAUUCCUGUAUUCUUUUUAAUUAUAUAUAUUUUGCAUUUUUAUCAUAACCACCAUUCACUGUUGUUUUUGCUGUCUGAAGCACAUGAUACUUGAAUCAUAAAAUAUAUCAAGCAUUUCUUUUUUGUGCUCAUGUUAACAAUACUUCAAAGGACCAGGAUACCACAACGUAACAGUUGUUCCAGACAAACAGACAGGGUUGAGUUGCCUUAAGCAUCUUUUUAAUUACCUGUAAACCCCAGUUCCAAUGAAGUUGUGACAUGAGGUAUAAAUUCUACAAUAAUUUUCAACCUUUUCAACUUAAAUUCAAUUGAAAACACUACUAAAAUAUUUAUGGUUCAAACUGAUAAACUUUUUUUUUUCUUGUAAAUAUUCACUCCUUUCGAAUUUGAUCCUGUUACUCAUUCCUAAAAACUGGUUCAGGGUCAUGUUUCUCUCUGUGUGUACUCAGUAAGCCUUUGUGAACUGAGGACACUGACUGUUGAAGCUUUGGAGGUUAAGUCUUUCACAGUCUUGAUUCAUGGACCAGUAAGGCUGAUCCACAGUCUGGGGUCUCUGUUGUGGUAUUUUGUGGUUCCAUAAGAAACAGGUCUGGACUGCAGUCAGUCCAGUCUAGUACCUGGACUCUUUGACUCUAAAGCCACGCUGUUGUAACUGGUGCAGAAUAUGUCUCGGCAUUGUCUCUCUGAAAUCAGCAGGGACAUUCCUGAAAAAGACGGGACUCUGAUGGCAGCAGAUGUUGCUCCUAAACUUUUAGCAUUAAUUGAGCCUUUACAGAUGUGACAAUUAGCCAUGGAUACUAGCACACCCAAGGACCAUCACAGAUGCUGGCUUUGACCUUUGACCUGAGAACAGUCUGGAUAGCCCUUCCUCCUAAGCCCUCGUGGCAAAACCCUUUAAAGGAUGAUGCAGGGUUUUUUUUAAUGCAGCGCUGUCUGGGGGGUCAAAGGUCAUGGUCACUCAGUAUUGGUUUUGGGACUUGCUGCCUCCCUGCAGAGAUUUCUCUUGAUUCUCUGAAUCUUUUUUGGACUGAUGAUCAAAUCUCUAAAUUCCUGCAGUUGUACACUGAGAAAAAAUGUUUUUAAACUGUAGGACUAUUUGCUUACACAGUUGUUGACAAAGUAGUAAACCUGGCCCCAUUCUUGCUUGUAAACAACUGAGUCUUUCAGAGAUGUUCCUUUUAUACCCAAUCCUGACCCUCCAAACUGGUGUUUUUGAGCAUUCCUAAAUUUUCCCAGACUUUGGUUGCCACAUUGUGCAGCAUCAAAGUAAAAACAAGUGAGUAUUUGCAAAAAAAAAAGAAAAAAAAAAAGAUAAUUAAGUUCAUCAAUGUAUUUCCUUUUGGGGCUCAAUUAAGUUCUUACACUGUAUUGUUUGAACAUUAAAUAUCUUGUCAUGAGGCAAAAAGGGGAAAAAAUCCAAGGAACUCUAUUCAUACUCUUAUUGAAAUGGCAUGGUCAUGUGGACCUGAAAAACAUAAUUGGAUGUGUUUUUGGCAUCAAGUCUUCAUCAGGAAGUUAUACAAACAGAUGUUAGGCUGCUGUAGGUCCAUUUAAAGAGGUGCUCCACUGAUAGGAAGUUGCCACAUGGGCUUAGAGACUUUGCCUGAAGUUGGUGACAAACAUACCAACCCUCCAGCAGAUGUUGUUAUUAAGGUCAACGACAGUUCCAACAACGUUUAAACUCAAAAUGAUGACACUAAAAAAACAAUAGGUCUGGUUUGGACAGUUGUACAAUGGAUACACACUUAAACACAAUGGCUCAUUGUUUAAACAACAUACUUCCUUUACAAGAACACAGUAAAAUCCUGUUCUUCAUUUAGACCAGGGUAUUUUGUGACUUGUAGUUUAUUAAUCCAGAAUGCCCCCUUUUGGUUCAGUUUUCUUUGUCACCCUUUCUGAUGGUCAGUGGGAUGUGGUCAAUGCCAAUGGUUCGUAAUAAAGUGGGGUUGCUGUUGUUAAUUUUACUUUCUUUUUAUCUGUUUUUUAGUGUCAUGGUUUUGAGGUUAGACAUUAUUGGAACUGCUAUUGACCUAAAUAACACCAUCUGCUGGAGGGUUGGUAUGUUUGUCACCACCUGCAGGUCAAAUCCCAAAGCCCAUGUGGCAACUCCCUGUUGGUGAAGCACCCCUUUAAAAGACCUCCUGCAGCCUAACAUCUGUUAGUAUUACUGAAAGGCUUGAUGCUGAAAUGCAUGAGAUAGGUUUAAGACCAUGCUAUUUCAUUAGUAUAGUAUAGUUUAUUUUAUGAAGAGAGUGCCUUGGAGUUUUUUCUCUUUUUGCCACGUGACUUUGUGGAUCCUAUUCCAAAGAGCACCUCAAACUUACACCUCACCUUUUUUGAGUCCAGGAAGCCCCCCCCACCCCUUCCUUUUUUUCUUUUGGUCUCAUUAAGUAUCUUGUUUUUGUAGUGUAUUCAAUCGAAUGUAGCUAUAGAGGGAUUUGCAAAUCAUGUUAUUCUGUUAAUUGUCUUAAAAGCAAUAACUCAUAUCUGUAAAUCUAAUAAACUUUUUCAGGCAGCGAUUAAUAAAUGUUUAUGGUAUGUAUUACUCAAGUAAACCAAAUGAGUUCUAAUCGGCAAUCAUUUUUGAUAAUCAACUUUGCUUUGAUUUUGUAUAUGUAUUUAGUUGCUUGAAAAACAUGGUGAAGUCUAUUUGUUUAUCAAUCAGUUUACAGUUUGUUGUCGCUGAGAAUAAAUGUUUUGUAGUUUUUAACUGAUAUCAGCAAUUUUGUUUCUCUUGUUCCAUUUGAAAUACGUUUGGAAAACUACACUGUCAUAACAAGCAAUUAAAAACCAAUUCAGUUUUGGGAAUUUUUUUAAUUACAUUUUAUUUCAGUUUCUGGAAACUGAUGGUUAUUUCAUUACUAGUUUGAAUUGUUUAGUCCCAAAAGGUUAAAGUGUUGACUCCUCUUUCCUGUGACAUACUGUCAGCUUUUAAUUUAAAAGUGCUUUUUGUUUGUAAUUCUGGUGAUCUUUCUAUCAAAAAUUGCUAUAUUUUUCCAAAACACUAUCAUAUAAUAAAUGGGAAGAAAAUGAAACAAGAAAGUGUGAUCUAUAUAUUUUUCCCAUUAUAGUCUUUAUUUCUCUUGUACAAUACAUCAAAAGCAUUGCACACCACAUAUUCAUAAAUAUACACUUACACACAAACACACAUGGUAUGGUGAGAUAGACACUCAGGGCUCUAUUUUCAUGUGCGGCGGAGGGUGGCGCACCCCGCACAGUUGUAUUUCAGAGUCAGGCACAGACCAGUGCAAUAAAUAAUAAACAACAACCAAUAUUUAGUGCUACUAUCUGAGUCAUCACAUUCAUUUAUAUCUAUAUCAAUAUAUUCUGAUGUUCUAUUCUCUGACUGAGGCGCACCGAGGUCCGCCAAGCUGGGUGUGAUGGCGCGGCAGGGGGAGGUGCUGACAGAAUCAGCUGGCGCAGUGACAUUUUCGUGCCUGCCGGCGGCAUAGAAAGUGCGCUGAAAACUCGCCAAUUCAAACCUGGUCAGCUUUCAGCACAGGUGGAGCGCAGCUGGUCUAGUGGUAUUUUGGUAGACCAGCGGUGAAGUGCGCAUACGUCACCAAAGCCUCACCAGCAGGUUUCAGUGCAAUAAAUAAUCAACAACAGCCAAUAUUCUGAGUCAGCAAAUACAUUUAGAUCUAUAGAUAUAUUCUGAUCUAUAUCUGAUCUAAUGAGUGCGUUUGGCAUGCUUUUGGACACUCAAUUUCACAGAAUAAACACAGCUGAAACCACAUUAAAUUGAAUUAAGUAUCUAGUAAAUAGACACACGAUGAAGUGAACAAGAUAUUUAAUUCAUCUACCCCCUAUUUCUAUCUUCCUCUUAUUUCUCACGCAGCUUUACCUGGUCAUGUGUCCGUGCCCUCUCCCUGUCCUGCUGCACCUGCUGCUGCGGCAGCUGAACAGAUUAUCUAUUUUAGUGAUCAGAUGAGUUAUUUACUUUAAGCCUACAUACGAAUAUUAUAAUAUUCAGUUUUGUGAGCCAAAUUUAUUUUAUAUGCCAACAUCAAUGAAAGAAAGAGCCAGUCCACAGAGUGCAAUGCAUCCUUUACGCACAGAUGGUUCCGAUUUUAAUGCCAUUAUUGGAAUUUAUGUUGUGAUCUGUGCACACAACCCACCUUUGUCACGUGAAGUUUAAAUAUAUACAACUUUAUGUGAUUGUCUUUAUUUGUGGAAAAGGGUGUUUGUCUUACCAGUGGGUCCAACCUUACACACACUAAAUCCCUCUGUGCUUAUAUGAGACAGUGUGCAGGACGCCCUCUGCAGCGUUUACAGCGACAGUUGUUGAGGUGCUGCCUUCUGUCGCCAUCGUGUGGCAUUGCUGUCUUCAGCCAUCUCUUGAUCUCUGAAUACUUCAUGAAAAUUGUAAUACGCCUCGCCGGUGGCAGAUUUAAAGGAGAGGAGCUUAUGUGAUUGGCAAAAACAGGUCUCAGCUGUGUUAAACAUACUCCACCCCGUAUCCCCUCCCUCUCUAUGACUUAUGCCACUGGGAGGAGCUGAGUUAGGGAGGGGGGAUACUGACGCUGGGCUGCGCCGCUCACCAAAAUACCAAAAUGUGCUUGGGCACGCCUUGUCGGCGCGGCAGACCUGACUUACGCCGCACCUACGCCACGCUGCCGGCGAGGCCUGAAAAUAGAGCCCUUAAUCAUGAAUUGUCAUGCAUACAAAAACAGUUGAAGUUUUAAAACUUGAAUGAGGACGGUGUUAAAGAAAAAUUACUGAACAAGAAUGACCACAUGGUGUACAACUGGAAAACUUGGCAGGAAAAAUGCAAAGAGCAGAAGAGAACAUUGUAAGGAGGGAAAAAUACCAAAAGCAUGAGAGUAAGACGAAGCAAGAGUAAGCAAAAGAGCAAGAGAGUCAGCACAAGAGCACCCCAAUUUUACUAGUUGUAUGUUCUUCAAACUGGGAGUGUCUCUGGGGUGUGUGUGAGAGGAGAGAGAGGAGGGGUCGCUGGUCUCCUGCUGCAGCUUCUUUAGAGGAGACCUUCAACAUCCCUGAUUACUUAAUCAAAGUUAUACUUUUGGCUGCUGGUAAAGCUGUCAGAUGUGAUACUCACUCGCUAUGAUUAAUGUUAUCGAAUUCUUGGUUCAUAAUAAAUGAUUUGAUACUAAACCCAUACUAGAAAAGCACUCGGAGAGCGCAGACCUCCGCCAAGCCGCUCAUGUCCCCCCUUAUAUUGUGAUUCACACCAAAACUUUUACUGUUACGUGUCUUUUAUUAACUUUUAUUUGUGUUUAAACUGGUAUGUUCACUGUUCAUAAUGUUCAUAAAACAACAAAGCUCAUAUUAGAUACAUAGAUGCAUGAUUUAUUAUGCAAUAUUUGUAAUCGUACACUUCCUUGUAUCUUCAAUGGUUAUCUUUCAGCAUUGAAAAUUCCAACGACACCCUUAUUUUUGUGUGUUCUGGAUCACAGUAUCCAGAAUUUUGUCUGGAUCAGGAUCAACCUUUGACACCUCAUAAAACUCAUUGAGAUCCUUUUGUGUAAUUUUUUUACUAAAGACUCUGGCCAUUUUUAUAGAGUUCAAUGCAAAAAUUCCCAAAUUUGCCCUAUCUCACGAUGAUAAAGAAUCCUUCAAAAAAUUCCUGGAUCCAGAAGGCGAUCCGGAUCACCACCAAAAUGUAAUGGGAUCCUCCUGUGGCUGAGACACACCUCUGGUGAAAAUUUCAGGUCAAUCCGUCUGUAACUUUCUCCGUAAAGUUGCUAACAGACAAACAAACAAACAAUCAAACAAACAAACCAACGUUAGCAAAAACAUAACCUCCUUGACGGAGGUAAUAAAGAAAUGUAGAAUGACAUGAAACUUUCUCAUUAUGUUUGAAGUAUCACACUGAACAUGCUAAAUUACUCUGAAAUGAAACAGAUAGUAACACAUAGAAACUGUGAGCAAAAAAAGAGUAAACACAUGUGAAUGAACUUCAUUGUGAUUAAUAAUGCAUUCUUUCUACUAACAUUCAGAUCAUUCAAUGACAUUAUAGCCACUUAAUGGUUAAAAAUACUAAAUAAAUGAUGAAAACCUGAACAUUUCUAAACUAUCCUUGUUACUAAGAGUAAAGCUCUGAUUUAUAUUCAAUAAAUUUAACUCUUAAAAGUUCAUGAAACAGUCUGAAAAGCUGUUGGUCUAAGGAAACGAGAAAAAAAAAGGAUUUAUUCUGUCAGAGUGAUAGCUUGGCUUCUGGAGCACAUAGAAAAACAGGACACAUCUCAUUUUAACACAAAUUUCAUGAUUAGACAGGUUAGUACACUGCUGAAUGCAUAAGAUGUCAUUAUCAGUCACUUGUAUUUUUUCUCAGUUUUGCAGUCUUUAUCAGUACAUGGUCAAGUAGGGUUUUAUGACAGAGGUCUGGUGGUUUCUCCAAAUUGAGCAAUUGUGAAGAGCCAGAAGUUUGGGUCAACCUCCGAUUGGGUCAGUUGAGUAACCUGAAGGUACAAACAAGUCUGGAAAGUUUUAUAUUAUCCUGUGUCCUGGGACAAGAUAAGGAAUCUUUCCUAUGAGAAAGGUGUGAGUUUCACACACAGGGUUGUCUUGAUGCUACACAGGAGGAAGACAGAGAGUGCAAAAUCAUCCAGAUAUAGAGCAUGUUCAAAAUUGUGUCACAAUACUGUUGAACAAAUACUCUAGAAGGGGAAAAAAACAACCGGAUCAACCAUUAUCUGGUAAGGAAACCAAUUCAGAUAGCAGUAUAUAACCACAAGUUAAUGUACCACUGUGAUCAAUGGACCAACAUCAGACACUGACUAUGAAAUUAAGAGAUAAUGUACGAAUGGACACACACAGACAUAAGAAGAAGAAGAAGAAGAAGAAGAAGAAGAAGAAGAAGAAGAGGAAGAAGAAGAAAAAGAAGAAGAACUGUAUUAAUCCCCAAAGGGAAAUUCAAUUGUCUGUUGUCUCAGACAAUGUCUCAAAGGGUUAUCUACUAUUUACACAAGAGUUAUAAAGUCUAAUGGAUGUUGGUACAAAAGGUCUUUUGAAUCUCUCUGUCCUGCAGCAAAGAGAAAGGAGCCCUCCACCACCGUUGCCCCUUUGGUCCAUCAAGGUGUUGUGAAGUGGGUGAUCCAUGUUCUUGAAAAAGGCUCCACUUUCCUCAUAGUAGAUCUCUCCAUCAUAUUCUCCACUGAGUCCAGCUUGAGUCCAACCACAGAGCCAGCCUUUUUCACCAGUUUAUUCAGAUGUCUUGCAUCUUAGUGUUUGAUGCCUCCUCCCCAGCAGACUGCAGCAAAGACCAUAACACUUACCACCACAGACUGAUAAAACAUCUGCAGCAUCUUACUACAGAUGUCUUUUGAUCUGAGUCUUCUCAGGCAAAAGAGAAGGCUCUGCCCUUUUCUGUAGAUGAAGUCUAUGUUAUUAGACCAGUCCAACUUAUUAUCAAGGUGUACACUUUAUUUUUAUAAUGUCACCACUUCGAUGUCCACUCCACAAGUGCUCACUGGCUGAAGAGGGGGUUUGGAUCUACGAAAGUCUAUGAUCAUCUCCUUUGUCUUUGAGGUGUUGAGGUGGAGAUAGUUUUUGUCACUCCAAUCACUAAAGGCUCUUAUCAGAUCCCUGUAUUCAGCUUCUUGUUCAUUUUUGAUAUAUGCCUUGAUAGCUGUGUCAUUUGAGUAUUUCUGGAUGUGGCAGGACUCAGUGCUGUAUUUGAAGUCUGACGUAUACAGUGUGAACAGGAAUGGCACCUGGACUGUCACUUAUGGAGCCCCUGUACUGCUCAUUAAUGUCCCAGAAACAGUUCCUCAGUCUGUGGCCUUCCUGUCAGGUAAUCUGCGAUCAAGGAAACACAGGGAGGAUCCACUCCCAUCUCUGUAAGCUUGUCUUUGAGUAUGGUGGGUUGGAUGGUGUUGAAUGCACUUGAAAAGUCGAAGAACAUGAUCCUCACAUAAACCCCAGGUUCCUCACAUAAUCCCCAGGCAUGGUGAAGCAUGUAGAGGACAGCAUCAUCCACUCAGAUGUGUUCUUUGUAUGCAAACUGCAGGGAAUCCAAUUUGUCUUUGAUCUCAGACCUCAGAAGGCGUAGAAUCAGCUGCUCCAGGGGUUUCAUGAUGUCUGAAGUGAGGGCCACUGGUCUGUAGUCAUUGAGUUCAGCAGGACAUUUUGUUUUUGGUACUGGCACAAUGCAGGAUGUUUUCCACAGAGCAGGUACCCGCCCCAGCUGUAGACUCAGGUUGAAGAUCCUGUGGAGAGGUUGACACAGUUCUGCAGCACAGUCUUUAAGUAGCCUUGGACACACCAUCUAAACCAGCUGCUGUCCCGGGACAAAGUCUUCCAAGCUCCAACCUCACCCCUGUUUCUGUGACAGACAAGGACUGAUGUUCUAGGAGGGAGGUAGUUGAAGUAGUUCAGACAUUUGAACAAGAUGGAGGAGGAAGGGGAGAAGUUGUAGUGGAGAUUUGUUGCAGAGAGGAAUGUGGAGUAGCAGUGGAAGUGAGUGUGACAGUCAUGUCAAAUCUGUUGAAGAAUAGGUUGAGUUCAUCUGCUCCUUCCACAUCACCCACCACUGGCUGUCUUUUCUUUUGACUGCUGUGUCCAGAGAUGGUACUGAUUCCUCUCCACACUUCACGGAUUACUGUGUUGUCAAUUCUUAUCUAACUUCUUUUUGUACUCCAGUUUUGCCAUCUUCAGUCUCCUCUUCAACUCUUGUUGCACUUGUUUGAGUUGUUCUUUGUCACCAUCUUUAAAAGCUUUCUUUUCAUGGUUAAGGAUUGCUUUUAUGUCACUUGUGACCUAGGGUUUGUUGUUGGGGAAACAGCAAACAGUCUUUGUUGGUAUAACUGUGUCUCUACAGAAAUGUACAUAUUCAGUAAAGCAGUCAACCUGUUUGUCAAUGUUCAUACUAUCCACAUCUGUUUCCAGCAGCACAUUCUAGUCUGUUGAUUUAAAACAGUCCCUUAGAGCUUCACUAGCUUGAGGUGUCCAUCUUCUGAUUUUGACUUUGGUCACAGGCUGCCUCAGUACACAAGGUCUGUAACAGGUUUGCAGAUAGACCAAGUUAUGAUCUGACUUGCCCAGUGGUGGUAAGGUAGUGGCUCUGUAGGCUUCUUUGACGUUGGCAUACAGCAGAUAUAGGGUUUUGUUUUCUCUGGUAGGACAGUUCACAAACUGUGUGAAUCCAGUGAGGUGAGAGGAGAGGGUGACAUGGUUGAAGUCACCUGAUAUUAUUAUUAAUGCCAUUGUAAUCAUAGACAAACAGCAGCGGAAAGCCGUUGUGGUAGAUGUCGCCAUCCCAAGCAAUACCAACAUCAGAAAGAAGGAACACGAAAAAGAGAAGUACCAAGGGCUCAAAGAGGAGCUACAGAAAGCCUGGAAGGUGAAGGCAACAGUGGUGCCUGUGGUCACGGGGGCACUCGGGGCAGUAACCCCCACACUGUAUAUAUGCACAUACACCUCAAGCUACUGAAGCUCUCUAAAGGACUGUUGCUGGAAACAGAUGAUGACAGUAUGAACAUUGACAGACAGGUUGACUGCUUUACUGAAUACAUCAACUUCUGCAGAGACACAGCUAUACUGACAAAGACUGUUGGCUGUUUCCCCAACAACAAACCCUGGAUCAAAAGUAGCAAAAAGAAACCCUUAACCAAAAACAGGUAAUAUAAGAUAAGAUGUUCCUUUAAUGGUCCCACAGGGGGAAAUUCCAAAUUUACAGCAGCAUAGUACAGACAAAAGAAAGCUUUUAGAGACGUUGACAAAGAACGAUUCAAACAAGUGCAACAAGAAUUAAAGAGGAGACUGAAGAUGGCAAAGCUGGAAUACAAAAAUAAGAAAGAGAGGAAUUUACAACACAGCAACAUCCAUGAAGUGUGGAGAGGAAUCAGUACCAUCUCUGGCCACAGCAAUAGAAAGAAAAGACAGCCAGUGGUGGGUGAUCUAGAAAGAGCUGAUGAACUCUUUAACAGAUUCAACACUGCUGACGUACCCACUGCUACUCCACCUUCCUCUCCGCAACAAAUCUCCACUACAACUUCUCCCAUUCCUCCUUCAUCUUGUUCAAAUGUCUUAACCACUGCAACUGCCUCCCUCCUCAAACAAUGUCUGUCACAGAAACAGGGGUGAGGUUGGAGCUUGGAAGACUUUGCCCUGGGAAGGCAGCUGGUCCAGAUGGUGUGUGUCCAAGGCUGCUUAGAGACUGUGCUGCAAAGCUGUGUCAACCCCUCCACAGGAUCUUCAACCUGAGUCUACAGCUGGGGCGGGUACCUGCUCUGUGGAAAACAUCCUGCAUUGUGCCAGUACCAAAAACAAAAUGUCCUGCUGAACUCAAUGACUAUCGAAUUAUGGCCCUCACUUCACACAUCAUGAAAACCCUGGAGCGGCUGAUUCUACGCCUUCUGAGGUCUGAGAUCAAAGACAAACUGGAUUCCCUGCAGUUUGCAUACAAAGAACACAUUGGAGUGGAUGAUGCUGUCCUCUACAUGCUGCACCGUGUCUUGUCUCAUCUGGGGGAACCUGUGGUUUAUGUGAGGAUCAUGUUCUUUGACCUUUUAAGUGCAUUCAACACCAUCCAACCCACCAUACUCAAAGACAAGCUCACAGAGAUAGGAGUGGAUCCUUCCAGUGUUUCCUUGAUCGCAGAUUACCUGACAGGAUGGCCACAGUUUGUCAGGCUGGGGAAUUGUGUUUCUGGGACAUUAAUGAGCAGUACAGCGGCUCCAAAAGGAACAGUCCAGGCACCAUCCCUGUUCACACUGUAUACGUCAGACUUCAAAUACAGCACUGAGUCCUGCCACAUCCAGAAAUACUCAAAUGACACCGCUAUCAAGGCAUGUUUAAAAAAUGAACAAGAAGCUGAAUACAGGGAUCUGAUAAGAGCCUUUAGUGAUUGGAGUGACAAAAACUAUCUCCCCCUCAACACUUCAAAGACAAAGGAGAUGAUCAUAGACUUUUGUAUCCAAACCCCCUCUUCAGCCAGUGAGCACUUGUGGAGUGGACAUCGAAGUGGUGACAUUAUAUAAAUAUCUAGGUGUACACCUUGAUAAUAAGUUGGACCUGUCCAAGAACAUAGACUUCAUCUACAAAAAGGGUCAGAGCUGCCUCUUUUGCCUGAGAGGAUCAAUAGACAUCUAAUGUAAGAUGCUGCAGAUGUUUUAUCAGUCUGUGGUGUCUACAGUGUUCUGUUCUAUGCUGCAGUCUGCUGGGGAGGCAGAACCAAACACAAAAAUCCAGGAGGAUUGAACAAACUGAUUAAACUCUGUGGUUGGAUUCAAGUUGGACUAACUGGAGGAUGUGGUGGAGAGAUGUAAGUUCAGAAGAUCUUCUGUACCCACAGCCAUCAGACUUCACUACUCUUUUACAAAUAGUAGAUAACUUUUUAGACAUGACAAAUGAGACGACUGAUUGAAUGUCCCUUUCGGGAUCAAUAAAGUUCUUAUUCCUCGAUCAGCAUUAGUCCCUACUGACUUUGAUGGGUGAAUUUAACAGAUAAAACAAAUUCAUGAAGCACUGCAACACAGGUCCAUGAAAUAAUUCAUUAAAUAGUGAUUAGUGAUCACAUAGUGAUCUAUAAAUAUAGAUGUAUAGAAGCCUCCUCAGAAAUUGUUAAGAAAAUUUGCGGCUUGACUCCUUCAAGAUUUGGUUCCAGGUUUUAUUAACACUGAAGGCCCCUAAAUUACAUCUGACCAUUCCAAUGUGCUUCAAUCAUGCAUUUAGAUCAGGUCUGAAUAACCCUGUGCAGGGGUUUUCGAAGUGUGGGAUAGCAAGCCCCCCCAAAGAGAACUCAAAAGCAUGCCGCCCCCCCUUUACCCCCCCUAAUUAUUAUUACUAUUAUUGUUGUCGCUUUGUAUGUUCCACACAGGCUUAAAAAAGGUUUUAAACAAUAAAUGUUACACACAUCUUUUUUUUUGUAAACAUCUUCAAAGUGUUUAUAUGUUCUUAAACAUAUUUUUAAAACAUUUUAAUCUUUAUGUAUAUGUGCUUACAUAUCUUUUUGAACACAUUUUAACAUCUGUAUGUUUUGAACAUUUUUUAAAACACAUUUGAACAUCAUGUUUUUAACAUCUUUUUUAAACACAUUUUUAACAUCUUUGUUUUUAGCAUGUUUUUAAACAUAUUUUAACAUCUUUAUGUUUUUAACAUCUUUUCUUUAACACAUUUUAGCAUCUGUUUUUAACAUAUUUUAACAUAUUCUAACAGUUUUUUUAUAUUAUUUUGAAUACAUUCAAUUUAAGGCCUCUGUGUAAUUCCUUAAAUCAGAUAAUAAACAGAUCAACGUCAGUCAGAGAUUUUUUUUAUUAUCACUGCGCACCAUGUACAGCGCUGCUUUUCAUAUCGCGGUCUCAACAUCAUGCAUAACUCCUUUCCAUGACGGCAAUAAACAGAUUGCCAAUCUUUCCACCUUAUUUUGCUCACCUCUGUUUUAGUGGGAACAAUGAGUCUGUGUCUUUGAUGCACACAGGCGGUUGAUGCAGGGCUGCACUGUGGAAAGGAAUAAAUGCAGAUCAUCCUCUACCUGCAGCCAUGACCGGUACUUUCUUUUAAUCAUUGUCAAUGCGGAAAACCCGCACUCAUACAAGUAAGUGGAGGUGAUGAACACCUUCACAGCCUUUUUGGUGAGGUGGGGGAACUCGGUCUCCACAGACAGCCAGAAGUGUGCAAGUGACACCACACUCAUCUUUUGUUUCAAGUCCAUAUUAGAGUUCAGCUCGACAAGGGCCUUCUCGUCCUGCAUGGUCAGUCCAUCACAGGGUGCCACUGGGAAAGAAAAUGGAUUUCUCACUCACUGAUUUGCCAAGGUCUCCUCUCAAAAAUAGUCUCCAAACUGCUCACGCAACCCCUUCAAAUGUGCAAUGACCACCUGUUGCACACAGUCCAGUUGCAGUCCUGUCUUCUCCACAACAUCCUCCAAGAUUGGGAACAUUUCCACAGAGCCCCAUUCAAUACAAGCACACCACAGAUCUAACUUUUCCUGAAUGCAGAGACUUGAUCGUGUGCCAAAAAGACCUGGCACUCUUUGCCUUGCAGAGAGGUGUUUAGUGUGUCAAAGAUAUCAGACAGAUACGCCAGCAUUGCAAACCACUUCAUGCGUCCUCCAUAUGCUUUACCAGUGGGGAGUUGAUUUCUGGGAGGAACAUGAGGACUUCCUUGCGCAGAUCACACAAGCGGGUGAGGACCUUGCCCCACGACAGCCACCGGACAUCGGAGUACAGGAGCAGCUGAUGGAAGUGAGCGCCCAUCUCAUUGCAGAGGGAGGAGAAGAGAUGGGCAUCCAUGGCAUUUGAUUUAAUUAGGUUGACAAUUUUUACUACCUCAUCCAGGACCGCGCGCAGCUCUUUGGGCAUCCUCUUGGUCGCCAAAGCCUGGCGAUGGAUGAUGCAGUGUGAUCAAACAGCGGCGGGUGCAACUGCUUGCAGCUGUUUCACCAGAAUGCUGUGGCAGCCUUUCAUUGCCCUCGCACCAUCAGUAAAUAUUCCACAACAGUGGCUCCAGUCAAUAUGAUUUUCCUGAAUGAAGUCAUUCAAAGCCUUGAAAAUUUCUGCAGCUGUAGUGCGAGCUGGCAGAGGAUGGCAAAAUAGAAACUCCACCUGGACACCGGGCUCUCUAAUUAAGCAUAAUACACCAUUAGCUGUGCACAGUUAGCAACAUCAGUGGACUUGUCCAGUUGAAUGGUGAAGGAAGGGCUCUCAUGGAUAGCAUCCAGCACCUGUUGCUUCACAUCAGCUGCCAUUUUAGAGAUGCAGCGCUGGAUGGUGUUGUCAGACAUCGGGAUGGCAUCCAGCCUGGCAGUAGUAGCUUCGCCCAUUAGUACCGAACACAUAUCUUUGGCAGCAGGGAGGAGCAAUGUCUUACCAAUGUUGUGGGGUUUCCCCACCUUUGCAAUGCGUAACGCUACACAGUAUGAUGCCUCAGUUGCCUUGGUAUUCACAGUGCCAAAUGCCUCGAUGACUUUCUUCUGUGACCGCAAUUCAUUAAGUUUCCAGUCAACAAACUUCCGCGGCUUGGUCGUUAAACUUUGGUGCUUGGUUUCAAUAUGAUGCUGGAGUUUACAUGGUCGCAUACUGUUGUUAGCACUAGCGGUUCUAGGCACGGGUGAACCAGGCAGCCACCCGGGGCAUUUGUGUCAUGACUCAUGGGGGGCGGCACAAGCACUUCCAAUAAUAUUAAUAACAAAUCUGUGGCGCAAAGCGGUUUUGUAUUAACCCUUGUCAAAUUGGUGCUCCCUGCUGCUGUAGAUGCCCCUGCUUGCUGCGAAGGUGCUGCACAGAGGCUGACAGACUGUAUGAGACGAAGCGGGGAGGGGUUCGCGGGGGACAGUUCUGCUCUCAGGAUUGUUCUCACUCUGCCAGUGAGAGCAAUCCUGGUGGCUCAAGCAGAGAGGAGCUUCUCAAAACUGAAGUUGAUAAAGUCGUACCAAAGGUCAACCAUGUCUCAGGAACGGCUCACUGGCCUUGCCGUCAUCAGCAUCAAUCACUCAUUUAAACCGGGACAGCAUGUACGCAUUUCAACCUUCCAAACUGGGAGCGCGCUGCACAUUUCUCCUUGGAAAGCUGGGAGUGUGGAUAUGUCAUUUUGUAACAUUCUGUAGUUUUUCAAUUAUUUCUGGAAUUGUGGCGAAUCAAGUCAUCAUACCUGUCUGCCUCUGAUAGGCUAAUAAAGUGAUCAGAUUCAUGCUCGGAUCCUACUACAUGCUUCGUGAGGAAAGUAAACAACGACAGAGGCAGAGAGCAGCUUUGGAGGAGAAGCAUCCAGCAGUGUGAACAACCUCUUCAUAUUGAGGUCUAUGGCUCACACCAGAGCAAUGGAUUAAACAGAGUGGCGACAACUUCAGAUCUCGCCGCCGGAGCGGUCACGUGAUUCAUGUACCCCUCAAUAGUUCCAAGCGAAGCCUGCACUGUCCAUGCUCUUCAACGGGACAGACUGCAGUGAGCGCGCAUUUGAGAGGUAAAUAUUAAAAUUAACCGUGAAAAUUCAACAUUUUCAACUCUUAUUGGAUUACUGUGUACACGUCAAAGUCACGUACAUAUAUUUAGUGGCUGGAUGACAAAAGUGAAAUAAGAUAAAUAAAUAAAUAAAGUGAAAUAAGACAAGUUUGUCUGGGUGUGUUUUUGGAGGGAAACUUUGCUAGCUUCACUAACUGGAGAAUAAGGAACUAAGUCGUAACCUAAUGCAAAGCGAUCUCUUAUUUAGCAACAUAAGGCUAUUCUUGAACACUCUCUGACAUUGGACAAUGAUGAUAAAUGAUGGUUUUCAUUCAGAGAUUUUAUGUGGGCAAUUUAAAUGAAUGUCACAACCUUGUGUGUGUGUGUGUGUGAAAACAAGAAGAAAAUCAAUCAAAAAAUAUAUGAGACGGCUCAAAAUAAACUAAUAUUGUAAAACCAGGGGCCUGUUGCAUAAAAGUAGGAUUAAGAUAUCCAGGAUAAGUGACUGAGCUGUGCUCAACGAAUCCAAAACAAGAGUGUCCAGGCUUAUUCGGUCGCAUAAACGCUAAUCUAGGAUGAGAAGAAACGGAUUCAUCAAUUCAUCCGCGAUCGAUCAGAUUCACCUAUUCACCAUGACAACCAGAGACGCAUACUUCUCCCUGUCGGAGCAGGAUAUAUUUAUGGAAGUGUAUGAAGAGGUAACAGAUCAAAUAAAAAAAAAAGAAACACCGCCACUGCCAUAAAACAGCAAGAAUUGCAGACCGCCUGAAUGCGUAAGUAUUGCACAAAUACACACUCACUAUUCCUCUGAAACAUCACAAUUGCAAUCCAAAUAGUUAAUUAACAUCUCCAAAAACAUAGUUGUAAUCUACUCUGAUUAUGAAACAGUUGAAAUUGCAAGUGAAAGUGACUGCAGAGAGAAAUUGUGUAAAUCCAUGUUUGCUCCUCAUGCUCAUUCUGUUUCAUUCUUCAUUAAAGCUGUCAAAUUUAGUGACUUCAUUUGAGUAAAUAAAUUUGUGGAAUCAAAUGAGUAGAAUUUUUAAUCAUAAUUAUGAUUUAAUCAUAAUACAAUGCAUUUAUCAUUAUUCUCCUUUCCUCCCCAGCUACAAGAAGAUGAACAAGAAAUAAAAGUUGACAUGAGAUUUUGGUGUCUGCUUGUUUAAUGUAUGCAGUUAGGGCUACCAUAGAUAUGAGACUUGCCAUUAAAUCAGACUGUGGAAUUGCCAUCUGCCAUCCUACCUAAGUGCUAUGAUUGGUUGGAAGUCAAACACUAAUGAUCAACUGUAUUAUUAAGACUAGAAGAAAUGCACAUAAUGUACCUGAAAUGCAAUGAUGAAAAGUGCUGAUGGUUUACUUGCUUUGAUUCAUCCUUAUUCAAUAAAGGAACAUCAUGUUACUCUUUGUGUGUUUUAUUUGUAUACAUAGAUUUAAUAAUAGCAAAAUCAUUUAUCUAAAAUGAUUGCAAUUAAUGAUCCCAAAUGUUUAAAUAAUGACAGCGGGUGUAGUUAAAUGUGAUAACAAUGUGUAGUGGGCAGUGGCAUGAAUAUUAGUGUCCAUUUGUGGUGACUGCUGACUGAGAUAAGGGAUAAGAUUGAACAGAUCCUGGAACUAGCAGGCUAGCUCCACAGAAUAAGUCUCCAUGGUAACUUAUGUCAUAACAUAUCCCACUUUCCCCUAUCCUACUUUUAUGCAACUGGAUCACGGAUAAAUUGAUUCAGGAUAAACAACAUAUCCCGGCUUAAUCCCUUAUCCUACUUUUAUGCAACAGGCCCCAGACGUAUUUGUCAUCAAUAACGUGUAUGCAUUUAUAAUGUAUCAUUUAAUGUCAAUACAGGUGAGAGUGGACUGUUACCACCAAUGCUACUGGACAAUCACAGAUACAUACAAAACAUUACAUAUAAACACAUUUAAUAAAAUAAAUGUCAAAUACAGGCAGCUAUUACCACUUUCAAACACACAUUUGGUCACUUGAAAAUCAGUUGAAGCACUGGGCCACAUUUUCCCACAUUUCCACACUACAGCAGCAGUGAAUAACAGAGAAGCUCUUCAGACUGUCCAGCAUUGUUAUGAAAGUAGUCAUCUUUUCAGCUCUGAUUUAUAAUGCAAGUCUCAGGGAUGACUGUUAAGGGACAUAUUGUCCACUUUUACACAACAUUUGAGGCUUGACAGCUAAUUAUCUUUAUGUUUACCAUUGUACAGUGUAGAGACCAGUGAUGGUUGGCUGUGCAGCAUUUGGGUGCACCAACCGCUCAGAGAGGGGCCAUCGAAUGUAUGGUUUCCCUAAAGAAAAGGAGAGGCAGAAGAGAUGGCUGGCGAUGGUCAGCAGACAAAAUUUUGAUGUCAAGGCUGGCAACUGCAACAGUAGAAAGAUAUGUCAGGUAAAUGUUUAUAAAUGUGACGUACAACAGUUUAAAUUUAUAAGGUCAUUUUAUUAGAGCAGACAGAACAACAUUUCAAUUCUAUCUUGCGUAUACAUUUCACACUGAUUUUAAGAGUCUCUCUGCAGGUGCAUUUUGAGGACAGUCAAUUUAUUUGUACAAAAAAAGGACACCUCAGGUUAAAACCUGAUGCCAUACCCACCUUAUUUUGCCAUCGUCAAAGGCCAAAGAGAAGGAGAGCUCCCGAACGGCACAUGUCCUCAACAGAGGUUCACCUGCCAAGCGAUGACCACAACUACUGUACAAGAAAUGAUUUUGGUAUGAUACACAGUUGUCUCUACAGGCAUCUUGAUCUAUUUGUAAUGAAAAAUUUGGAUUUAAGGAAUAGUUGGCCCUGAUUUGACAAGGGUUGUGUUUGUUUCCCACAGUCAGUGUGGUUCAACAGCUGCGACUCACUGCCCACAGAGUCCUGUGAGCGCAGUUCUUUAGUUCUCAGUUUCAACUACAUGGAACUACUUUCUGUAGCAUCAAAACCUGUUCAGGACCACACUUAUGGGACUCCUGGGGGGGUUGAGUAGCAGCUGAUAAACCACACUGACUUUUGAAAACAAACAACACUAGUCAAAUCAGGGCGAACUAUCCCUUGAAACAGGACAUGAAAGAAGGCGGUGAUGUAAAGGAAGCAAAUGCAUAUUAACUGAAACAAUACCAUGUCAUUAUUACAGAAAAUGAGGCAGAAAUUGAGGCAGAGCAAAUAGGAGUAGGCAGCCCACAGGUAGACGUUGGUGAGGUCCUCGAAGCUCCAAGGGACAGUCAGUCAGGGGCAGCGAGUGAAGAAGCCACUGUGACAGGGGCAAGCGAUCCAGGGACCAGUGAUGACAGGGCAACUGUUGAUGACCUAAGAGAGCAAUUGAGGAUUGAGACACUCCAAAGAAAGAGAGCAGAGAGGGCUCUUAAACAACAAAAGAAAAUAAAUUUGGGUUUAAGAAAGAAGAACAGUUUAAUUCAAAAAAAGUUCAAAUCAAUUUUUAACACAGACCAAAUUCAGUCAUUAGGAAGAGAGAAGACGAGAGGGAUACGCUGGAGCAAUCAGACCCUGAAAAAAGCCAUACAAAUUCGAUUUACUGCUGGCACAACAGGCUACAAAACAUUACAAAAAAUGAAAAUCCCACUACCUGACAUUAGGACUACACAACGGAGGAUGCAGCAUGUUAAGAUGGAGCCUUGAGUGUUGAUGGAGGUGUUCAAAAUGUUAAAGCUGAAGGCAGAGGGAAUGAACAACAUGGAAAGGGAAUGUGUACUCACACUGGACGAGAUGGCCAUCACUCCAGGUGUGGAGCUGCAUAUGGGAAUGGGGAGACUAUUUGGCAACGUAACACUUCCUGGUCACACAGGGCAAGCAACGCAUGCCUGUGUGUUUAUGCUCGCUGGUGUAACAACACGCUGGAAGCAAAUUGUUGCUUACCACUACAGCGGUAAUUCUACAGACGGCUCAGUUUAUCAGCCCAUCAUCAUUUCCAUCGUAGAAGCUGCAGCAUCUGUGGGGCUUCAUGUUAUAAAUAUCACCAGUGACAUGGGGAGUCCCAAUCGGGCAAUGUGGAAGUCAUUUGGGGUGACCCAGGAUAAGCCAUGGAUACCCCAUCCUGUUGAGCAACACAGGCGGCUCUAUUUCAUGGCUGAUGUUCCACAUCUUGUCAAGAAUUUGAGAAGUGCCCUCAUCCGGGGUCAAACCAUCACCAUUCCACAAGAUGUGGUGCACAAAGAGCAGCUGGCGUCCAGUGUCGUAUCUGUUGAUCCCCUAAAGGAUCUUGUUUCCUUCCAGGAGAGCAUGGAACUUAAACUGGCACCAAAACUGUCCCGUGCCAUCCUUGAGCCUAACCAUUUUGAAAAAAUGAAGGUUAGUUCUGCGAUGCAUAUUUUCAGCAAGGCAACGAGUGCUGCCCUGAGGUUCCUUGUGGAGGAGGAGCAGCGACCACAAUCCUACCUUGUGACAUCAUGGUUUUUGUAGAAGAUGGACCACUGGUUUGACCUCAUGUCUUCCCGGAAUGUUGUUACUGCUCUCAGCCUGUUCAAAAUGGAGGAGUAUGAGAAAGCCAUCCACUUUCUCCAGGACAGCAUCCACCUGUUUCGGGGCCUGAAGAUCAGUCACCUGGGCAGCUGGAAACCAGUCCAGACAGGACUUGUGAUGGCCACUAGAGUGAUCCUGGAAGUCCAGCAAGACCUGUUGAGCAAAGGGCACAAAUUUGUUCUCACAAGUCGAUUUACACAGGACUGCCUGGAGAACACCUUUUCUUGCAUUCGUCAGAGGAACCCUGUCCCAACACCAGCAGAGUUCCACUACGCACUGCGAGCUGUCACUGUUGGACAGUUCCUCACCACAAUACCUACCGGCAAUUACUUUGAUGACGGAUCUGACCAUUUGGCAGACUUCCUGGAUUCAAAAAGAAGCAGCUGCAGUCCUCCUCCCGUGUUGCGUCUGGAGCAGCUGGAUGACCCAGCAUCACCACCUGACUUCACAAAAACAGAGUCCUGUGUCCUCUACCACCUGGCAGGAUACAUUGUGAAGAGGGUCAUCAGCUGCUCACUUUGUGAGGAAUGCCAGAGCUCCCUAACAGAAAGUGAAAAUGCAAGUGAGAGAGAUGUUCUUCUCAGAUUGAAGGAGUUUAAAAGGGGGGCACUAUACCGGCCAUCUGAUGAGGUUUUCACUCUCAUUCAGAGUGUGGAGCAGCUGUUCCAGGCGACCUCAGUUGACUCACUCAUGGAAUCAACCAAUGCAGUGGCAAUGCUGGAACAAGCGGCAAUGAAACUUGACAGCAACCUUCCCUCAUGCCAUGAGCUGCAGAAAAAAAUUCUCACCAGAUACAUCCGGCUGAGGUUGAGAAUUGCCUCUAUGUUCAUCUCCGCUGCAAAAAAGAAAGACACACAGAGAGGGUGCUUUAGCAGCAAGAGCCAAAGCAAAAGGGGAAAAAAAAAAACAGCUACAUCUACUGCAACAAUGGCAACGUCAUCUAGGCCACUGCCAAGCUCCUUACUGGUUGCCAUGGACGUAUUCGGGCUUUCCAUCCCUUCUCCAUCACCAGCAGACUCCAGUAGUCCCUCGCUGCAGCAGCUGCGACCAGCCGCUGGCAGCAGCCACCAGCCAACGGUGUCCACCCCUAGCCAACACCAGCUGCGGCUCUCAGGGGCAGCAGCAGGAGGAGGUGAACCUAGAGAACAACCUAAAAAUGUCAACCUCAUGUCAGUUUGUGUUAAGGGAGUAGGAUAAUAAUUUACAUUUCAAUUUGCAGGUCAAGGAGAAGGUGGAUUUAUCCUGAUCUCAUCCACCAUCAGCAGACCCCAGUAGUCCUGUGCCACAGCCAGGUGCAAGCGGCAGCAGCAACCGCAAGCAGCUGAAUCCAACGGAGCAGUUUUCAAUGACCUCCUCUUUUGCCUGUUCAAAGUUCAAAUAGAUUAGAUUUAAUUAAAGGAUGUUACAGUUGUUACUUUUUCACAAGAGAAAAAUAAUACAAUAAAUAAUACAAUAAAGUGGUAAGUAACAGGUGUUACAAGCUGUUUAAACAAUUGUGCAAUGUUUUGGUCUUGCAGCAUGGCCUGCAUAACAUUUCUCCAUGUUAAACAUACGCCUUAAAUGCUGACAGAAUUUAAAAAGUAGCAGUCCUUUUACUCUAUCAUCCCAUGGUAUACAUAAGCAGAAAUCAAAUUACAUAGCACUUAUGUGAGUCUAAAAAGAAUAAAUUCCACAUAACAUUGGGUUCUGAUAAAGACUGAAAUCUAAAAUAAAGCCCAGAAGUAACCAUCUCAACAUAUGACUGAUGAUGAUGAUUUAUCUGUGAUUCAUAACUCAGUCACACAAUAAAUUUUGGCAGGCCUCUACAGCUGACGACGUCCAGCUAGCAUGCCGUGGCUAAAAAAUCGAUCCCAAUUCCUAACUAAAACAACGUACUUACAUUUGUAAUUACAAUUUGAGCAUAUUAAAAUUAAAAACAUUUUACAUAUAAAAGGGUCCCUCGAUACCAUUAACACGCGUAGUGGCAUUAAAUUCAUUGAUACAAUAUUUUACCUCAUGGAGUGUGGGAGCGAGCAGUGGCUAAAAAAAUCGAUCCCAAUUCCUGACUAAAAAACGUAAUUACAUUUGGGAUAUACAUUUUUACAUACAAAGGGGUCCCCUCGAUAUCAAUAACACACUUAUUGGCAUUAAACUUGUUGAUAUUUAUCAUUUUACCUCGGUGAGUGUCUGUCUUGUGGCCACAGAAGUGAACGGCAUCCGACGUGACAGGCGGUCAUGUUGGAACUAAUAAGCGUUCCAUAACCCGGAAGUGGGGUCCGCCGGGCUGUACAACGUAUGCCUAUGGGAGUGUCGCCACUCUGUUUUAAUCCAUUGCUCUGGCUCACACUAUCGGCGAUUUCUAUGAGUGUUGCAUGACUUUGGGUGAGCACAGACAUGAUCACACUGUUAGACACUUAUUCAUUUAUUCAUUUUCUAUUUUUUCAGUGCUGCUUUUGUACUCGCAUUAUACCCUUUCAACACUUUAUUUUUUAUAUUUACAUUUGCAUUGGUGGACACUUUAUCAUGACUGCCACUUGUUUUACUGAAAGCAAAUAGUUUGUUAUUCUCCAGUGCAGAAUCUUUACUUUUAUUUAAACAGCUGCUUUAUUUCAUUUAAGUUUGUUUGUUCAAGGUUUUCAAUAAUGUGAUGAAGGUUUGAAAAGCUGAGAUAUCAGCUUUUUGUAAACCUCAACACUUCAAAAAACCUCAGGAUCUGGGGGCCCUGCGCAAAAUUGCCCUCAGGAUUUCAGAGGUGUGUCCCAGACAGGGUUCAGAUCUUAAUGGGUUAAUAGGGUAGCAGAUUUCUUCUGAUGAGAUUAUUGAUGAUUUUGCAUCAAGGAAGGCAAGAAAGGUCAGGUCUUAGUUUUAGUUUGUGUUUUCUGUUCGUAGAACAAUCAAAUUUUCUCUAGUGUGUUCAAAUUUGUGUGAUUUGCUAUGUAAGAUUAUUAGUCUAUAUUUUGUUUCAUAUUUUAUAUUAUUCUUCUCUUCUCAUGCUGUCUUGUUACAUUUUUCUUAAAUAUUUGCCCCUUUUAUGUAUAUAGUGUAUAUUUAUUAUUUAAGCUCUGAUAACCUGUUUUGUGCAGAAUUGCCCUAUUGUCUUUUGCAAUGUUGGAGGUGGAGAAUAUGCACCUUAAAAAGUGUCUUUCCUGAUACAAUAACUGGAUUUUCUGGAAGUGUUUUGUAAAUGCUUUAUUGAAGGAUUUGUGCAAUUGAGAAAUCUAAGUUUCUUUUUUAUUGUUGUUAUGUUGGAGGUGGAGAUGAUGCACUUUAAAAAGUGUCCUUCCUGUUCUGCACAAGAUAAAUAACUAAAGUGUUUUUUUCUAUUGAAGGAUUUGUGCAAUAGAGAAAUAUUUUAUUUUUGUUUUUGUUGUUGUUGUGUGUGUGUGUGUGUGUGUGUGUGUGUGUGUGUGUGUGUGUGUGUAGAUGAAAUACAUGAAAAGCCAAACUUUAAAUAAUCAGGGUCAUACUUUCUCCGUUUUCUGCUUGCCCCAGAAUCUCUCAUUUUCACUUGCGAUACUAAAAUUAGAUCCAUCUUGACUCAGAUGUUUACACAUUUUUUUCAGGUUUAUUUUUUCUCUCGCCUCGCCUCCCCUAAAGCCCUCUGGCACCCCCAGGGGAGCAGCCUAUUGUAUUUACAACUGGAAAGGGGACAGGAGUUAUCUCUUUAAAACAGUGAUGAUCACCUUGCCUUAUUUCAGCAACUGCAGCAGAAGUUUCAAAUACUGCGACCACAUUUGUCCUGUCAAGGGUUUUAUGUCCCACACUAUGAUCAAAAAAUUAAUCAUGCAGCUUUGGAUAGUCUCCUAAAAGUAGAGCCAUUUACUAAAGGUUUUGUGUCUCACUUUUACAGUAUUUUACAAAGCUUGAAUUAUCCAUAAUUUAAUUUAUUGAGGGAUAGCUGGCACAGAGAAUUAAGUAUCAAAAUCAUAGAUGAAGUGUAGAAAACUUUAAACUAUGGUUUUAAGUGGUUCAAAGAUCGCAUUUCUACCGUACCAGAAGACAAAAACAUUUGAGGAUGGCAUGAUGCUUCCCCACUCUGUGAAAUGCUUUAUAGAUUAGGGAACCUUGUCUCAUCUCUUCCUACAGUGUAAAAGUUUGCAACCUUUUGGGAAUGUUUUUGACUUUUUUUCUAAAGCCCUUUCAGUAUUUCUCAACUGCUAAAAUUCCAAACAGUAUUGUCUGAACCAAAUGCUCAGUGGCCUGAACUCAUUGAUUUAAUCAGUCACUCUCUUGGCAAAACCAUUAACACUUUUCACCUGGUUAGACACAACUUGCAAACACAUUCUCAUUAACUAAAACACAUGCACUUGUGUUGCAUAAUUGUAAGCACAGGUAGCAAAAAGUUCAACACAAUUGAAGCACAGGGGUCCCAAUGACUCAAAAUUGAUCACUCUUGUGGCUAAUGAUGAAAGGAAAGCAAUAUAAGCCAGUUCAGGUUUUUUUUUCCCGUUAUCUGAUCAAGGAGAAUGUGGCAUGUGAAGUCCUGUGGCCUGACCCAGCACAAAGACAUGAUGCUGUGGCUGAAUGAUUGUAGUUACUGUAAGCACUGGAAUUUGAUAUUGUAGUUUACACUGUAAUGUGCUUCUCGUCAAGAUUUUUCUGUAUUUUUACUAUAUACAGGUGCUAAAUUCAGAAGAUUUUUGUUUUUACAAAGUUCAUUUAGCCUACUGUGAACAAUGAUUUUUACAGCUUUAUGUCUUGAGCAUUGUGUAUUUCAUUUUUUUUGUAGUGUAUAAUGACUGCUUAGUAGUGUUUUUAAUUUUGAUUGGCUUGGGGUAUGAUCUGACAACAUUGCCUGGUUUUGAGUGCAUAUUGAACUGUUUUGAGGUGAUUGGUUUUGCAGAAGACGUUAAAGGUUUGGUGAGUGUAAUUUGAUAAUUGGGUUUUGUGCUUGUAGUGUUGAGAAAAGCAUGGUGGAUGUAAAAAAAAUGUAUUUCAGCGAUUAAGAAAAACCGUGAAAUAGAGUUGCCCCCAACCCCUCUGGCAGCAAUAUUUUGGGUGGCAGCGCAAGGAAUAGUAAAAAAUAGAUAAAAAGCUCUAGCUAUUGUUCUGGUCACACUGCUGGCCUGGAAACUAUUCCUUCAAUCUUGAUAAUCUUAGAAGGCUCCUCAUUUGCAACCUUUCAGUUAACAAAUCAUUGACUAAAUCAGUUGCUGUGAUUGGAAUGACAUAACGUCUACCUACUACAAAGUAAUAGCAUGAGAGUGUAGUCAAGUAUAACAUAGGGUCCUAAUCUCAAAGGAUGUGAUAAGAAAUUAUAGAGAUGUUUCUACUUCUUGAGAACAGUUCAUCAUAAAUCAGUAAAUUAGUUCCUUUGUUUGAUUUCUGUCAGGUUAUCUGUCCUGCUGUCACUUCCUGGAUGACAACCAGAUUGUCACCAGCUCUGGAAACAUUACCUGGUGAGUUGUGAUGCUGAAACAAAUGCAGGUUAAAACAGUACUGUUGAAUUAAAUUAUUAUGCGUGCAUUAAAACAUUGUUGAAGUGUCAGUGCAACAUAAUAAAAAUUUCCAGGUGCACCUCAAUAAAUUAGCACAUCAUGGGGAAGUUUAUUUUUUUUAGGUAAUUCAGAUUUAAAAAUUGAAACUUAUGUAGAUUCAUAACACAUACUUAGAUAUUUCAAGUGUUUAUUUGUUUUCAUUUUGAUGACUGUAACUCACAGCUCUUGAAAACUCAAAACUCAGUAUCUCAGAAAAUCAAAACAUUACUUCAGAUUAAUAAAAAUAAAGGAUUUUCAACUCAAAAAUGUUGGAUUACUGAAGAGUAAGACAUGUAUAGCACUCAGUACUUGGUUGGGGCUCCCUUUUCAUGAAUUACUGCAGCAAUGCGGCAUAGCAUGGAAACCAUGAGUCUAUGGCACUGCUGAGGUGUCAUGGUGGCCCUGGCUGCUCUGAUGGUGGCCUUCAGCUCUUCAGCGCUGUUGGGUCUAGUGUCUGGCCAUGGUCCUCAAACCAGUUACCAGUACUUUCGGCAGUGUGAGCAGGUGUCAAGUCCUGCUGGAAAAUGAAAUCAGCAUCACCAUAAAGAUGUUAGAUGGCUGUGCUGACUUUGGACCUGAUCAAACAUAUAUAUAUAUAUAUAUAUACAUAUAUAUGUACAGUGCAUCCGGAAAGUAUUCAUACCACUUCACUUUUUCCACAUUUUGUUAUAUUACAGCCUUAUUCCAAUUAAAUUCCUUUUUUCCCUCAGAAAUUCUACUCAAAAUACCCCAUAAUGACAAAGCGAAAACCUUUUUUUAGAACAUUUAGCAAAUUUAUUAAAAAUAAGAACACUCAACUGGGACACUUGUCAGGAUUGAGGGAAAAAUGAAUGCAGCUAAGUACAUCGAUAUCCUUGAUAAAAACCUGCUCCAGAGCGCUCAAGACCUUCGACUGGGGCGACGUUUCAUCUUCCAGCAUGACAGUGACCCUAGGCACACGGCCAAGAAGACAAAGGAGUGGCUUCAGGACAAGUCUCCAAAUGUCCUUGAGUGGCCCAGCCAAAGCCGAGACCUGAACCCGAUUGAACAUCUUUGGAAAGACCUGAAAGUAGCUGUGCACCGACUCUGCAAGGAAGAAUGGGAAAAACUCCCCAAAUCCAGGUGUGCCAAGCUUGUUGCAUCAUACACAAGAAGACUGGAGGCUGUAAUCGCUGCCAAAGGUGCUUCGACCAAGUAUUGAGUAAAGGGUGUGAAUACUUGUGUAUAUGCAACAUUUGAGUGUUCUUAUUUUUAAUAAAUUUGCAAAAUGUUCUAAAAAAAGUUUUUCGCUUUGUCAUUAUGGGGUACUUUCAGUAGAAUUUUUGAGGGAAAAAGGGAAUUUAAUCCAUUUUGAAAUAAGGCUGUAACAUAACAAAAUGUGGUAAAAGUGAAGUGGUAUGAAUACUAAAAAAAAAAAUGUAUAAAUAUAUAUAUAUCCUUUUUUUUGGCUGCUUAUGGAUACUUCUGCUGGGUAAAGAGUUCACUUAAGAGAGGCACUACUUUCAUUGAGAAAAAGAAAAUCUAGACAACAACAUACAAUCCCAGAGGACAUCAGGAGGUGUUAGAAUGUGCUGGUACAAAGGUGAAAACAAAGCUAGGAGGUGGCGAUAUAAACCCUUUGUUCUAUCAAUCUUCAUGGGGAACGUCAACUCUCUACCCAACAAAAGUGAUGAGCAGGAGAUAUUGGUGAAGACUGAGAAAGCAUACUGUGAGUGCAGUCUCCUGUGUUUUAUUGAAACCUGGUUGAAUCAAAACAAUUUGGACUCCAGUGUGGAUCGACCUGGCUUCACUCUCAUUAGGUCAGACAGAGAUGCUCAAGCUAGUGGGUGGUGUAACCCUUCACACAUAACUGUCAAGGAGAAGUUGUGUUGUCCAGAUAUUGAACUGUUGGCAGUUGCUCUUCGGCCAUAUUAUGUCCCAAGAGAAUUCAGUCAUAUCAUAACAACAGUUGUUUACAUCCCACCUAAAUCAACUGAAGAAAUUCCAUGUAAUGUUUUGCAUAAGUUUUGCAUAAGACUUUGCCCCGGGAAGGCAGCUGGCCCAGAUGGUGUGUGUCCAAGGCUGCUUAGAGACUGUGCUGCAGAACUGUGUCAACCUCUCCACAAGAUAUUCAACCUGAGUCUACAGCUGGUCGGGAAAACAUCCUGUAUUGUGCCAGUUCACUCUAAAAACAAUGGGUUAUUUCUUCAACCCAAUUCCUGGAUUUUUUGUGGUGAGUUAAAUUUCUGGGUUAUUUUUCAGAUCCAUCCCCAUUUCUUGGGUCAUAUGGAUUCUAUUGUAACCUAAUUUGAGGGUUAUUUGAAUGGGUUAAUAAUUGUGGGCUAUUUUUCUGAGAGUAACCCAAUAACUGGGUCAAAACGUUGGGUUGACUGCAUGGUUUCUAGGCCUAAUGGCAAUUAAAGUGACCUGGUGACCUUAUAUAUAUAUAUAUAUAUAUAUAUAUAUAUAUAUAUAUAUAUAUAUACAGUAUAUAUAUAUAUAAAAAACUCUUCUCUCGCCCACCCUGGGCGGUAUUGUGUCUCUUCAAGCUUGGGUCCUCUACCAGAGGCCUGGGAGCUUGAGGGUCCUGCGCAGUAUCUUUGCUGUUCCUAGGUUCCUGCGCUAACAAGGUCUGCGUCACAUGCUGAGAAACCAGGGCACUGUCAUGACAAAUAGGCUACUGAAACAACAUAGAGAAGGCAAUGGACACGAGAUGAGAACAAGGCUCUGUUGGAAUGCUACUACUCCAGUAACCCUAACCAGCGGGGUUACAUGAACAGGCUGAUGGAUACAAUACCCACAGUCAAUGCUAACACCAAAACAGCUAGUAGCUUCGUGUUCCAACAUUCACAAAUGGCAGCUGCUAUCAUGACUGGAGAUUGAGGAGAUACAACACACCAAGAUGCCAGGAUGCCAUGUCAGAUGGGGGAGUUAAGAUUGACUCCAAGCCCCAGAGUUUAACAAAGAGCUAACUGACCUGAAAGAUAAGGCUAAGAUGUGCUCCUGUGAACCCCGACACCGACUUGCAAGGAUUAGUAAAGUACCUCUGGAGAUCGAUGUGAAUGCAGUGAUGUGAUAGUGAAGACAACACACCCUGUUGCAUCUGUUUCCAAAUUACCUCAGAUCUUACUCUAUUAUCAUUCAGUUUGUCUGAGUUUUUCAACCUUGUAAGCAUAGAGCAACUCACAGACAAGAAGGUUUCUACAGAAAAACAAUUUGGUUUUGGAAUUUUCCAAUUAGAUAAAAUCUUUCUCUUGGCAGCUAAAAAAGCUAUGCCAACUGUUUUCCUUUCCUGUUUAGUUUUCAGCUGUUCAUCCCUCUGACCCAACAGACAUAACGCUGGACAUGGCAAAAUAUUAACAUUAAAAAUUUUGGAAAUCAACUUGCAAACUUCUUCCCAAAACAAAUUAAAAGCAGGGCAGAACCACAACAAUAAGAAUCAGGCUUCCCACUUGCCCACAUUUAUGCCAACACAGAUUUGAGGUACUUGGAUCCAUUUUAUUAAGUCUAGAGGGAGUAAUAUAGGCUCGGUGGAGAAUUUUCAUUUGUGUUACUCUACCUCUGAGCGAUUUGGAAGUUGUUUUCAUGUCACGCCAAAUGUUUCCCCACUCUUCAGGAGAUGACUGAACCCAUAUGUCAUGUUCCCAUUUUGACUCUGUCUUAGAGUUUAAGUUUGAAGUGGAAUAAAGUAACAAUUUGUAUAAACCUGAGACUACUCCUCUAUUUGAUGACAGAACUUUGAAUUUUUUCUAUCAGUUUCAUAAUUAUAAUCCAAAUUGGUUUUAGGACAUUUAGAGACAAUUGAUUUAAACUGGGAGUACUGUAAAAAACUUUUGGUAUUCAGGUUCAUGUUAUAUCUUUUCACAAGUUCUUCCAAGGGUAGAAUCUCUCUGUUCCCUACAAUUUGAGAGAUCUCUACGAUAUUGUGAUUACACCAUUUAUUAUUAAACGGAGGACUCCCCGCAGCUUUAAAGUCAUUGUUAAACCAUAUCGGGGAAGAUGGGAUGCAUGAAUUUGCAAUAUCUAAUCUUUUGUGAAUUUCUCUGCCUAUGUCACAUGAAAACUUAAUAAUGCAAUUAUCCAUCCUCUUAGGUGGAACAGGACUGUACCAGAGUGAAGAUAGUGACACUAGUUUGUUCUUCUCCUUUACAAGAUGUUCUUCAAGUCAAUCCCAACUUCCUUUGUCUCUAAUCUUUUUAUAUCCCUAAGUAAUUAAGUAUCUGGCAUUAAAAGAAAGAUAAUAUAAAUAAAGAUCUGAUAUACCGAGACCCCCUUUAUCUCUUGGUAGGGAUAAUUUUUUCCAAUUAAUUCUAGGCUUCUUGUUCCAUAGAAAAGAGGAGAACAUUUUGUUAACACAGUCAAACCAGGAUUUUUCAAUAAACAGAGGAAUAGAUGACUAAAAAAUUUAGUCUGGGGAGGACAUUCAUCUUUAGCACUUCUGCCCCAUAAGGACAGAGGCAGGGCAGACCAUCUUUGAGGUCUUCCUUUGUGUUAUUCGAUAAGGGUUUGGCAUUUAAGUCCACUAAUUCAUUAAUAGGUGAUCUGAUCUCAACUCCUAAAUGUGUCAUACCUUCUGAUCUCCAAAUAAAAGGGGCAGAACCAAGAUCAUUAACGUGUAAAUUUGAAUAGGGGAAUGGCUUCACCUUAAUUCAAGUUUAUUUUAUAGCCUGAAAGUUUAUGGUUAAUGGUUUCUAAGACUUUGGGUAAAGAAUGUAGAGGAUCUGACAACAUCAGUAAAAUAUCGUCCGCAUACAUAUUUAAUUUAAAAUCAUGACCACCAAUACAAAUACCUGUAAUCUCCUUAUCUUGAUGAAUAGCACAAGCCAAUGGUUCAAGGGCUAAAAUAAAAAGCAACAGGGAAAGGGGGCAACCUUGUCUAGUAGAUUGCCAUAGUUGGAAGGGAGUUGACAGUAUUCCAUUACUUUUAUAUUAUAGAGACAGGUUCUUCAUAUAACACUUUAAUCCAUUGUAGACACCUUGGAAGUCUUGAAAGGGACUCAAACAAAAACAACCAUUCAAUUCGAUUGAAGGCUUUUUCAGCAUCCAGUGAUAUUGCUACCACUGGAUGCUGAAGAAAGCUCGCUCUCUGCAUAGUUUGCGGGAGUCGUCGCAUGUUGUCUAAUAACAGGCGCCCCUGGAUAAAGCCAAAUUGGUCAUUGUUAAUUAAAUAUGUAAUAACUUACUUCAUUCGCCUUGCCAACAUUUUCGCAAAUAUUUUGUAGUCAUUAUUGAACAGGCUUAUUGGUCUAUAGUUUUUCACAUCUAAGUGGUCUUUCCCUGGUUUAGGCAGCAAUGAAGUAAUAGCCGAUCUCAUUGUUGGUGGCAUUAUCAUCUGGUCCACAAUCUGGUUAUACAAGCAAAGUAGCAUUGGCAUGAUUUCUUUUGAAAAACAUUUAAAACAUUCAAUUCGAGAGUAGGAGUUGUGAGUCUUUGAGUAAAAUGUAUAUUCUCUUGCUUUUAAAUGAUGAGAACGCCAAUCGUUGUUAAUUAUUGUGUUUCUAAUAGCUUUUUAAAAGCAAGAGAGAGAGAUUUAUCCAUUGGCAGUGGUGGAAUUGAACAGUCCAUUAAUGCAUAGCUAACCAAAUAAAAAUCCCCACCCACUAAUAGUGGUAUAUUUUUAAACUGACUUAGCAUCACAUUAAUUGUGGACAGGAAACUAGCCUGUCCCAGAUUUGGGACAUACAAAUUCACCAAAAUAAUUUUGUUAUUUUCCAGUUCUCCUGAGACUAUCACCCAUUUUUUCCUCCUUAUCUAUGAUCACAUCCAAAACAGUAAACACAUUUUUUUUAGAAAUAAGAAUACAAACCCCUUUUGAGGCACUUGUCCUUGGAGAAAAGAAAAUCUGUCCCACCCAGCGUUGUUUUAACUUUAAAGAUUCCUCUUUGGAAAGAUGAGUUUCUUGUAGCAUUGCUAUGUCACAUUCAAGAGUUUUUAGUGGGAAAAGACCUUAAAUCUUUUCACUGGGUUUUGUAUUCCAUUUAUAUUUCAAGAAAUUACUUUAAUUUUGUUCAUAUCCAUUAAGAAUAUUUAAUAGAAGAGAACCCCUUUUGGUGUAACUAGGGAGCAUGCACUACAGAGAAAAGAGGGAAAACUUACAAAAACCCAUAAAACAAAAAUAACACAUUGACAACACAGAUAAUCCACAAAAGGUAGAUUAGAAAUAAUUAACAAUAAGAUGAAAGUCCAAAUCAUCUUAAAUCCGUGAUAGCCGGGUGUAGGUGCAGUAUGAUUGAUAACCAGACCAUGUCCGCUUCAAUUAGUAGGAUUUUAUACAAGGGAGACCCUGCAAAAAUCAAAUUAAUUAGGCUAUGCCUGAAUGAGAAAUCUCUACAAUCUUUAUUAUCCAAAACAGUCAAAUUGCUGAGAGAGGACUUAAGUUAAAUGUAUUUCUCGGUUUGUAUGUUUCUUGACAUUAAACGGUCAAACCCACAAACAAAAAGACAAAAAAAAAGUCCCCACAAUUUGUUUAUAAUGUGUGGGUGACCCCCGUUUGACUACAGAUAUUAAAAUAAUCGAAGUCACACAAUAUCUGUGUAUUAUAACAAUAAAUCAAAAGAAGAGAUCACCAUUCUCAGUAUCAUGAACUCACAAAGUCAUCCCAGGCUGGUUUCUGGUGCACUGGUACAGGGGCUGUGCAGCCUCUUCUGCAGCUCUCUCUGUGCCAGAUUAGGGUUGUUGUAGGUAAACUUUUCACCAUCUAUGGUUACUACAAGGUGGGCAGUUUGGCCUUCCCAGGAGAGAGGUUUUCCUUUCUUCACUGCAGCAAGGAUCUUCUGCUUAUCACCCCAUCUGAGUAGACAGACCACGAUGUUGCGAGGGUGGAUGCCCUUGGUCUGGCUGCGGCCGAAAAGCUCGGUGGGCCCGGUCCACUUCAGGUGCUGGUUCGCUCCCUCCCAGUAUGAGUUGAAAUACACGGCCCAGCAUCCCCAUCAGGUCAUAUGCUUAAGCUCCUUCUCUCAGGCCUAUUAUUCUGAUGUUAUUUCUCCUACUGCGUGAUUCAAGGUCGUCAACAUUCCCUUUUUUAAAAGUCCUCCUCUAAACUGUUAAUGGGCUGUUCCUCAUUGUUCAACGCCAUGUUCACCUGUCCGUGGUCACGUUACUUCCCUCAUCCCCCUUUUCACAUCUUUGGUACAAAACAAUUUGGGGGCUCGUCCGGGAUAUUUUAAGUAAACAGUUGAGAGGGAAAUUAAUCUGUGGUAUAAGUGAGGUUUUCUUUUGUAUUGUGUUCCUUUUUUCUUAGUUACAUGCGUAAGUAUUGAUGUCUGCUUGCCAGGUUGACUAACCUUUACUGUGCAUUAACAGCUUCCUCAGGUGAGUUAGGGGAGUGUCUACAGUAGUUGAGUGGUGAAAAAAAAAAUUCUGGGGGGAUGGUGGAUUUUAUUGUUUGGGCAAAUAUUUUGUUCUCAUGACAGUGCACAUGGUGGGAAACCAACUAUGUACCCAUUUUAUUGUUACUUAAGCACAAAGAUAAUUAUUAUAUUACAUAAUCCCUCAGAUUGAGCUGUCCAUGUUGUUUGGUGCAAUAGCAUCACCACCUCACUCACAGAUGUCAUCUUUUUAGAAAAAGGAAAAAAAAAAAAGUCAUUUUCACAUGUGCCACCUCACCCAGAGUAUUUUACUAAAUAGCACAGCCCCCUGUCACUGGGUUCUUGCUCAAACAAUCACAAUACAGUGGAAAAACACAGGCGUAGCAGAAAACACAGUGAUGGUAAUAAGAUUUAUUUACAGCCAGCCUUCCAAGGUGCAGUGCAAAAUUUUUUGCAAAAGUGCAAAAAAAAGGAUCAAAUAUUAUUUAUAAAUAUGUACAAGGCAAAAAAGAAAAUGCCAACAAGGCAGGCUUUCCACUAUAACUCAAAAUUCUCACUCAAGAGAAAAAACAGAAACACAGCAGCACUACAAAAGUCAGUUACCUUACAAACAACAAACUCCAGACUCAAAGAAAGGCUCAGGCAGCUUUCUUUUAACCCCCACAGCCCCUCCCAGUGGGGGUUAUCAAUUACAUAAGUUUGAAAAAACAUAUUUAUUCACAUCUAAACCAUUUUCACCAUUUUUAACUUUUAGACCUUUUUCUGUAAGUUUUUGCCAUUGUUUUUUUACAAGUUUUUACACAAAUCAAUGAAGCAUUAUUUUUUAGGGAUUCAAAUCAUGGGCUCUGUUUCCUCAUUUGGAAACAUGACCCGGCAUGAUGGCUGAAAUGGAUGCCCAGGCAAGUACGUGGAAGGAUGAAUAUUUAUGUGAAUGUAUGUUUAAGUUUACUGAUGGAGCUCCAAGUGUGCAACCUUGGUUACCCUAUCUAACAGAGAAAAGGGAACGUAGCGCAGUUUAGUGGGUAAUUAGUGAUGCUGACGGAGAGGGAAAUGUUUGGCGUGUGUGUGUGUGCGUGCGUGUGUGUGGCUUCAUGUGCUGUCCACUGUCAGUAGGGACAACGCUCCGUCACACCUGCUAAACUUAAUAGUUUCAAGUUUAUUUGAAAAACAUCAUUGCAUAACAAUAUGAAUUAUGAUGUUUCUUACAUUUUAAAAUACAAGAGGACCGCUCAAUUCAUUAAGAAAAACAAAACAAAAAUCAACUGUCAACACAUCUAAAAAGCUUUCUAUUACUUCUGGUACAGCUUGUAGGCUCUUGGGAGGAACAACAUCUGAUGUCUUUUUGUGUGACUCCCAGGUUGUGUGAGUGUCCUCCCAUUUCUCAAUGUGUAGCGGCUUGAAUUUGUAGACAGGCUCUGGAUCAUUGGACUGGUCCUAUCUUUCAGCAGCCGAUUGAACUCCCUCAGGAUAACCUCCUCUCGCCUUGCCUCCAGAGUGGGAAAGGAGUCAGUUGGUAUCCCAAUGAUGCGGCAGCACCGUCUCUGCAGACUUUCCAGUUCCUGGAUCAGGUGUUUUGAUAGGCCGGCCCAGACAGGUGAAGCAUAUUCCAGUACUGGUCUGAUGAAGGUCACAUAUACCUGGGUCAGCACAUCUGGGGGAGCUGUGCCCGUUUGGCCACACUCAGAUAAUGAACCCGUGGCUGAACCUUCUUCAGCAUAGACUGAACUUGUGCAUCCCAUCUCAGGUCAGAGGACAACUGGAUUCCAAGGAGCUUGAAUGUAUCCACCCUCUCUACAGCCUGGUUGUUCAAAACUAUAGGAGGGGGAAUUGAUCUAUUUUGAGGCUCCCUGAAACUAAUAACCAUGUCCUUAGUCUUCCCAGCAUUGGCUGCAAGGCAGUAGGUCUGGCCCCAGGCUGUAACUGCGUCAACAGCUGCUUGCAUCUGGCCCGGCAGGGAUCCCAUGAGAUGUUUGCUGAGAGUCAAAUCAUCUGCAUAUUUGACUGGUUCGACACUGGUUGGUAAAAACUGAUCAAGAGAGUUCAUGCAGAGAACAAACAGGAGAGGGGAUAGAACCCCACCUUGAGGAACACCAGCUAAAACUACCUGCGGCUUGGAGAGAUGGUUUCCCCAUUUGACGGUUUGCCUCCUAUCCUCCAGAUAGCUGCUCACUGUUUGCCAGAUGUUCUUCGUUACUCCAAGCAUUUUCAGUGAAUGAAGGAGAUGACCAUGGCUGAUUGUGUCAAAAGCACGGUUAAAGUCAAUGAAUGUGACAUGCACAUCACAUCUCUCAUCCAUCACAUCUUAUGCCAGCUCUGCAGAAUGUGCAAUAAUGCUGACACAGUGGAUCUGUUCUUCAUAAACCCAUGCUGUGAAUUAAGUAUAGAUUUUUCAGUUUCCUGCAGAAGUUGGUCCUUAGGAUUCCCUCGAAUACUUUGCCGACACAGCUCAGAAGAGAGAUCUGUCGAUAGUCCUGUGGGAAUCGUGGUUUACUGCACUUAGGAACUGCACAGACUAAAGAGUCUUUCCACUGGGUAGGGAAACAUCCUUCUUUCAGACAAGCAUUAAACAGAUGAGUCAGCACUGGAGCGAGCUCUUCAUUGAAGGUCUUAAGAAUCCAGGCAGGGAUGCCGUCCUUCCCAGCUGCCUUUUUCCCAUCAACUUUACGAAGAAGCAUCUUCACCUGCCCAAUGCUGUAAGUGACAUUAGUAGUUAUACUGGGUAGAUUGCUGCCAUCAUCGACCAGGAGGGGGCGAGGUUUUAUAGUCUCCCACACAGAGGAGAAGUGGAGACUCAGAGUUUCACAUUCCUGACCAGUCUUUGUGUGUUCAACCUGGGAUUCUGCAGCUCCCAUCAACCUUUUGAUGGACUUGAACCAGUUGCCACUGUCGUUGUCCCUGAGAUGAGAGACUUCGUCGUCAUAGUACCUCUUCUUUGCAUUCUUGCAUUAAUAAUUGCCGUAAUAUUUCUAAUUUUAAAAUAGUUGUAAUAUUUAGAUAUUUCUUGACAAAAAUGGCUCAAGGGAUGGAAAGUCGGAAUGACCGUUUUAGGAGGGGAAUGAUUUUGACCAUUUUCAGGGGGGAUGCCAUCCCCCCUCAUCCCCCCCAACUCAAGUACUGAGUGUCUAGGGGGGCUGAAUAAGCCUUUCCAACAGGCACUCAUUUAUUGUUUGGCCUUUUUUUAUUUUUGGAGUAAUCCUGGGUGGAGAUUUAAAUCUCUAAAGGGGGCUAGCGUUUCACAUUUUGAACGCUGAUGUGUUGCCUGUAACUCACCUCGAGCCUGGCAUGCUCCAGAAGAUAGGUAGGUAGAGUUCAAUUAGGCAGGUUCUGAGGAGGUUUGUUGUUGGUAGGGUUAGAUUGUGCUCAAUUUGUUUGGUGGGUGGCACUGUUGUGUAGUGGUUAGCACUAUUGCCUAACAGCAAGAAGGUCCUGGGUUCAAAUCCGGGUCAGGGCGUUUCUGUGCAGAGUUUGCAUGUUCUCCCUGUGUCUGUGUGGGUUUACUCUGGGUACUCCAUUGUCUUCCCACAUCCCAAAAACAUGCAGAAGUGUGGUUAGGUUAAUUGGCCACUGUCAAAUUGUCUGUAGGUGUUUGUCUCUGUAUGUCAGCCCUGUGAUGAACUGGUGACUUGUCCAGGGUGUCCCCUGCCUUUGCCUGAAGAUGCUGGGAUAGGCUCGCGACCCCGGGAACGGGAAUAAGCGGUAGAAAAAUCUUAUGUGUACAUAUACAUUUACACAUAAGACAUUAACCUUAUGUGUUGUCACCGGUGGAUGUGAUUCAGUAGUGGUAGCAUUGGUUUACUUUGCUUAGUGUUGCGAGGCUAUUUUUGGUUGUGCUGUAUUUCUUGUUUUUCUCUUUUACAAUGGCAGCUUUUGAUGUAACUGUGUUUGUAUCAAAUCCAACACUGACAGUUUGACAAGUAUAAAAGAGUGAUAUUCCUGUGUCCAGUUCUCGUGUUAAAGCUGAAUUGAAGGAUGUUCUUUUGGAAAGCUUAAUGAAUAAAGGCAUCUUUAGUUUACCUGUAUCAGGUGACACAGGGUUAGCAGCUGUGUUCUCUGCUGAGGAACACUCUGAUCCUGGAGGAGAUGGAGGGGAUGAAUGAGCCUCCUGUUGGUUUGGCUCCUGUUGUACAAAGUGGUAAGGCUGAGGAAAAGCCGUUAACUUUUCCGCCGUUUGUUCCUUUCUCAGCAGAGUCAACACCUGGCUCUUGGCUCGAUGCCUGGUUGAAAGUACGGUUAGCUCAUCUUCAAAUGGAGAAAGAGGAUCGGGAGUUCCAGCUCCGAAGAGAGCUAGAAAUGAAAAAACUGUGAUUGUACUGCGGUAGUUAAGGUCCUUACACACCAGGCGCGAAUUCGCUAGGCGAAUUAUUCGCCUUUUUUUAAAACAGCAUAAAGUCAAUGGAAGCUUCCACACCGGCGACGAUUUUCCCGGGGGACGAAAAGCCGCUUUUAUUUUUUCGCUCUUGUGUCGAAUUUUUCGGAUAUUCGCAGGCGAAUAUCUGGACCUGCUAGACCUCUGGCCAAUCAAAAGUCAUGUUGUUGAUGACGUCACAGACCCAUAUGGCUAGAGGAGAGGGAUAAGUUUGAGAUUAUGAAAACGCAGAGAAAGACAGCUGAGGUGCAUCCAAAACUCUUUCUAAUUACUAAAGAAGUAGUUUUCUCACAAGAUGACACUCUCUUGUCUUCCUUAGGAGACCGAUGUCAUGCACACUUCACAGGGUGACCGCCUCAUCAUGCCUGAUUCUCCCUCUUAGCUGUUUGAUAUACCGAUGAUCUGCAGCUACAGGGCCAACAGAAUGACCAGACAACUUGAAGGAUCUCUGCUCAGCCCUCGCCUCUCCUGGCUGCUGCGGCGUCUCUCACAGCUUUUCCUCCUCUUUCUCCCUCGCUCAUAAUGCUAGACAUGUCAAUCAGCAGCCGUUCACACGACACACACCACCACUGGCACCAAGAGCAACGAUGGGAGAGAGGCCGGUAAUUGCGGUACAGGACCACCCCGCAUCUCCUCUCCUCCGUGCCGCAAAGCGACUUUAUUAAUUCGCUUUUGCUAUUUGAAACUUAAAAAAAAAAAAAAAUUAAUAUUAUUGUAACUGAACAUUUGAGCAGCAACCUGGCUUUUGUGUACUUGUUUGCUCUGUCAGUUCAAAUGCUCCAUUCUCAAAAUAAAGAGGUGGAAAUUAAAAA